CACCUCACAAACGAUCGACGUCUUGGUUUCAGUCUCGGGGAUUAUGACUUGAAACAGUUUGAAAAUAGAUAUUUUUUAAAAGAACCUACAUAUAUCUAUAUCUAAACGCACCACACGGUACAGAUAUAUGUAUGCGUUCGCAGCCAUUUCGUUCGCAUAGAGUCCCGCACACACGCAAAUAUAUAUAGAACGUCGAAAGGAUAACGCAAUUUCGACAAUUUAAAGAAGCGACCAGAGAGAGAUAAAUAUAUAUAGAAGUAUAUCAAGUGAAGAAGCAAAUCAAAGAAAGAGUGAUCGCGAGGUGUUCAAUUCUACAGUGCAGUUCAUUCUGCAGCGAUUUGGUUGUCAUUUUAAAUGAUAUAUAGUGAUAUAUAACGCAGCAAAAUGCAACGACAAAAUCCGAACCCGUACCAGCAGCAAAACCAGCAGCAGCAGCAGCAGCAGCAGCAGGUGCAGCAGUUCUCCACCCAGGAGUACUCCCACUCCAGCCAGGAGCAGCACCAGCAGCAAAGGAUUAGCCGCACCGAGCAGCACGUCCAGCGCAGCCAAUUCACCACCCAGCGGCAAGUGCAACAACACCAUGGUGGCAGCAUCGGAGGCGCCUACGUGCCCCCCUCGCUGACACACGUGUAUGCCCAGGGCGACAUCUCGCCGCCCGUCUUCGAGCAGAUCUUCAAGAACGCUCGCUUCGCCCAGGGCGGCAACGCCCUCUUCGAGGGUCGCCUGCGUGGCAACCCGAAGCCAUUCGUGACCUGGACCCGGAAAGGCGCACCCCUUCUCGAGUCGCAGAAGUUCCGGAUGAGCUACAACGAGGCCACCGGCGACGUGUCCCUGCUGAUCAACCAGAUCGGUCCCGGGGACGAGGGCGAGUACACGUGCACGGCCAGGAACCAGUAUGGCGAGGCCAUCUGCAGCGUCUACAUCCAGCCGGAGGGAGCUCCGAUGCCGGCCCUGCAGCCCAUCCAGAAUCUGGAGAAGAACAUCUACUCGAACGGCUAUUCGUACACCUCCAUCGAGGAGGAGUUCCGUGUGGACACCUUCGAGUACCGAUUGCUGCGCGAGGUCUCCUUCCGCGAGGCAAUCACCCGGCGAUCUGGCUACGAGCAGGACUCACAGCUCUCCCAGGAGCUGGACCGCAACCAGGGUCCUGCCCAGGCGCCGCAGAUCUCGCAGAAGCCGCGCAGCUCCAAGCUGAUCGAGGGAUCCGAUGCCGUGUUCACCGCACGCGUGGGUUCCAACCCGAAGCCAAGGCUGACCUGGUUCCACAAUGGCCAGCGUCUGGUGGCCUCGCAGAAGUACGAGAUCUCCUACUCGAGUGGCGUGGCCACGCUUCGUGUGAAGAACGCCACGGCUCGCGAUGGCGGUCACUACACCCUGCUCGCCGAGAACCUGCAGGGCUGUGUGGUUUCAUCCGCCGUGUUGGCCGUGGAACCCGCCGCCGAGACCGCCUACGAGCCCAAGCCCGUGGACGUGAUGGCCGAGCAACUGGAGGCCGGCAAGGCAUUGCCCCCGUCCUUUGUGAAGGCCUUCGGAGAUCGCGAGGUCACCGAGGGUCGCAUGACCAGGUUCGAUUGCCGUGUCACCGGCAAUCCCUACCCCGAGGUCUUCUGGCUGAUCAACGGCCGCCAAGUGCGCGACGAUGCCUCGCACAAGAUUCUAGUCAACGAAUCCGGCAGCCACUCGCUGAUGAUCACCAACGUGACUCGCCUGGACGCCGGAGCUGUCCAGUGUCUGGCCCGCAACAAGGCCGGUGAGGUGGCCAUCGAGGCGCAGUUGAAUGUGCUGGAGAAGGAGCAGGUUGUCGCACCACAAUUUGUUCAACGCUUCAGCACCAUGACAGUGCGCGAGGGCGAGCCGAUCACCAUGAGUGCUAAUGCCAUUGGAACUCCGCAGCCGCGGAUCACCUGGCAGAAGGACGGCGUCCAGAUCUCGUCCACCGCCGAGCGCUUCGUGGGCAUCGACGGAGGAGCCACCUGCCUGGAGAUUCCGCGCGUCAGUGCCAGCGACGCCGGAUGGUACCAGUGCACCGCCCAGAACAUCGCUGGAUCCACGGCCAACAGGGCCAGGCUGUAUGUCGAGGUACCCAGGGAACAACCAAGUUACGAGCAGCGUCGUCUCAAUCUCCCGAGACCAACGAAAGUCAUCGAGCCAGAACCCAUUCCUGGCCCCGAAAUCAUCUACCUGCGCCAUGUGGAGCGCGCCAAGCCCCACCUGCGUCCUGGUGAGGAGGAUCGCGUCUACCCGCCGCCUCAGUUCAUCAUCCCGCUGCAGAACGUGCAGCAGACCGAAGGUGGCCGUGUCCACAUGGAGGCCCGCAUCGAACCGGUGGGUGAUCCCACCAUGGUCGUCGAGUGGUACCUCAAUGGACGUCCGCUGGCAGCCAGUGCCCGCGCCACCUCCGUUUUUAAGUUCGGGUUCAUUGCUCUGGAUCUUCUGAGCAUCAUGGGCCACGACUCCGGGGAGUACAUGUGCCGCGUGAGUAACGCCAGUGGAGUGGCCGAGUCCCGUGCUAUUCUGUCCGUAGUGCAGCGCCCCUCCAUCGAGCAGUCAUCGCAGAACCCCAACAGUCUGCAGUACAUUAACCAGCUGGAGGACUACUCCCGCUACCAGCGCACGGAGAGCAUCGACGAGCAGCUCAACCAGGCGCCGCAGUUCAUUCGCCCACUCCGCGAUCUCGGAGAGUUCGAGGAGGGCAAGAACGUGCACUUCGAGGCCCAGGUAACCCCGGUAAACGAUCCCUCCAUGCGGGUGGAGUGGUACAAGGACGGACUGCCCAUCACGGCCAGCUCCCGCAUCACCGCCAUCUUCAACUUCGGCUACGUCUCCCUGAACAUCUUGCACCUGAGAGCCGAAGACGCAGGCACCUAUACUGUGCGGGCGGUGAAUCGCAUUGGAGAGGCCAUCAGCCAGUCCUCAAUUCGUGUCCACUCACGUUCCCAGGUCACUGCUGAUCUGGGUAUUCCGGAGCAGCAGCGUUACAUCGAGAAGGUGGAGGAACUGGAGGACUACCGCAAGUCCCAGCAGCGUCGCCAUGUCCAGGAGGCCGCCGAGGCUAUUGCCCCGCCGCAGUUCAAGACUCCCAUCCAGAACCAGCUGGAUCUGCGUGAACACGCGCAUGCGCACUUUGAAGCUCGUCUCGAACCCAUCGGGGAUUCGACCAUGCGCGUGGAGUGGCUGAAGGAUGGCCAGCCCCUGGAGGCCAGCUCCAGGAUCACCACGUACCACAACUUCGGCUACGUGGCGCUGACCAUCAAGCAGCUGACUAUCUACGAUGCCGGUACCUACACCUGCCGUGCCUACAACGCCAUGGGCCAGGACACCACCGUAGCCCAGCUGACGGUCAUCUCCAAGAACGAAAUCGUGUCGGACACCCAGCACCCGGGUGGUCUGCAGAAGAUUCAGCAUCUGGAGGACUCAUCGCGCUACGGACGUCGCGAGGAGGAGGAGACCUACGUAACUACGGCUCCCCGUUUCCUCGGUCCCCUUAAGGGCACCACCAAGAUCCUUGAGGGCCAGCGGGCUCACUUUGAGGCCCGUGUGGAGCCCCAGAGCGAUUUGGGCCUGGUGAUCGAGUGGUACCAUAACGGCCGCUCCAUCACUGCCGCCAAUCGCAUCCAGACCUACUACGACUUCGGCUACGUCGCCCUGGACAUUUCCCAGGUGCGCGCCGAAGAUGCUGGCGUCUACCUUGUGGUGGCCAGGAACAAGCUAGGUGAAGCUCAGCAGCAAGCAACGAUGAUAGUGGAAACUCGUUCCAGUAUCGACACAUCUAGCAUGCACCGCGGUCUGUACGAGAAGACCCAGAACUUGGAGAACAAGCCGUUUGUGGAGCCUCAGUACGACGUCGAGGAGAUCUCCAAGUCCAAGCCGGUGUUUGUCACCCCGUUGAGCGAUCCCAAACCCAUCCACGAUGGCAAGAACAUCCAUCUGGAGUGCCGUUUGGAACCGAUGGGUGAUCCCACCAUGCGCGUAGAAUGGUUCCACAAUGGUCGCCCUGUUACCGUGGGUUCCCGCUUCCGCACCUACUAUGACUUUGGCUUCGUGGCUCUGGAUAUCAUCAAGGCCACGGCCGCCGAUUCCGGGGAGUACACCGUGAGGGCCACCAACCACUUGGGAACUGCCCACACCUCAGCCUGCGUGCGUGUUAUCGAUCACACGGAUGUUGUGACCGAGACCCAGAACGAACAGUCGCUGGAGCAGAUCCAACUGCUCGAGGACUCUCGCCGUCGCCAUCACCAGGAGGAGGAUAUCACCAUCAUGCAGGCGCCCCAAUUCACCAGGGGUCUGCACAAUAUCGAAACCAUCGAGGGCACCAAUGUACAUUUGGAGUGCCGUCUGCAGCCUGUGGGAGAUCCUAGCAUGCGCAUCGAGUGGUUCGUCAAUGGAAAACCUGUAAAGACAGGCCACCGCUUCCGGCCCGCUUACGAAUUCGAUUAUGUGGCCUUGGAUCUGCUUGGCUGCUACGCCAUCGAUUCAGGUGUGUACACCUGCCAGGCCAGAAACCAACUGGGCGAGGCAGUCACCUCCUGCUCCGUGCGCAUUAUUGCCAAGAACGAUUUGAUCUUGGAGACGCAGAACGAGUCGGGUCUGCAGAAGAUCCAGUACUUGGAGGACUCGACUCGUCAUCGCCGCAGCGAGUUCGUCGACGAGGUGGUCAACAUUCGUCCGCGUUUCCUCACCCAUCCGAAGAGCUUGACCAACACCCGCGAGGGUGGCCACGCCCACUUCGAGUGCAAGAUCGAGCCAGUUACCGAUCCCAACCUGAAGGUGGAGUGGUUCAAGAACGGCCGUCCCAUCACUGUGGGUCAUCGCUUCCGUCCCAUUCACGAUUUCGGCUACGUGGCCUUGGACAUUGUCCACUUGAUUGCCGAGGAUUCGGGUAUCUACACUUGCAGGGCCGUUAACUUGAUCGGCUCCGAUGAAACCCAGGUGGAGCUGCAGUGCCGCAGCGGUGAGCAGAUCGUAACUGUCACGCAGAACGAGGCUGGCUUGGAGCAGAUACACUACUUGGAGGAUCGUUCGAGGUAUAGCCGUCGGGAGGAGAUCGACGAGAGCACCAAGCAGGCUCCGGUGUUCACCACUUCACUGAAGAACGUUGAAAUCAAGGAGAACCAGAGGGCUCACUUCGAGUGCCGCCUGAUUCCCGUAUCGGAUCCUUCGAUGCGCGUCGAGUGGUACCACAACAAUCUGCCACUCAAGUCUGGUUCUCGUUUCACUGAGACCAACAACUUUGGCUUUGUGGCUCUGGAUAUUAUGUCCACUCUGCCCGAGGAUGCCGGCACCUACACCUGCCGUGCCUUCAAUGCCGUGGGUGAAGCCAUUACCUCCGCUGUGGCAGUCGUGCACACCAAGAAGUCCAUCUACCUGGAGUCGCAGCAUGAGACCGCUCUGCCACGUCUGCAGCACUUGGAGGAUGGCUCUAAGCGUCAGCGCAUUAGCGUUCAGGACGAGUUCGUGUCCCAGGCUCCUGUCUUCACCAUGCCGGUAAGGGAUGUUCGCGUGGCUGAGAACCAGGCGGUGCACUUCGAGGCUCGCCUAAUUCCAGUGGGAGAUCCCAACCUGAAGGUGGAGUGGCUGCGCAAUGGUCAACCCAUUGAGGCUUCGAACCGCACCACCACGAUGCACGACUUUGGUUACGUGGCUCUCAACAUGAAGUAUGUGAAUCCCGAGGACUCCGGCACUUACACUUGUCGAGCUGUCAACGAGCUGGGUCAGGCAGUAACCUCCGCUUCGCUUAUUGUGCAAUCGAAGACGUCCAUUCAGCUGGAGACCCAGCACGAGGCUGCCAUGCACAAGAUCCACCAGCUGGAGGAUCACAGCAGGUACCAGCGCAGGGAGGAGGAGGAGUACACGGUGACCACUGCCCCCGUGUUCGUUACCAAGUUGAUCGGGCCCAGCAAUCUGGUGGAGGGUCAGAGCGCCCACUACGAGUGCCGCAUUGAGCCCUACCCGGAUCCCAAUCUCAAGGUGGAGUGGUUCCACAAUGGAAAACCUCUUAGCACUGGUCAUCGAUUCCGUACCACGUACGACUUUGGAUUCGCCGCCUUGGACAUCCUGACUGUGUACGCAGAGGAUAGCGGCGAAUACACUUGCCGAGUGACCAACAACCUUGGUGAGGCCAUCAACUCGAUUGUUCUGAACGUGACCUCGCGUUCGUCUAUCAUCCAUGAGACGCAGCACGAGGAGGCUUUGACCAAGAUCCAGCAUCUGGAAGAUACUUCUCGCUUCCAGAGGAAGACCGACGAGGAGCAGUUCCAUGCCGAGCGUCCUCAGUUCGGACGCCCACUGCGUAAUGCCAAGGUCAACGAGGGAACUCCCGUCCAUCUGGAGGCCACUUUGAUCCCUGUGAAUGAUCCCACUAUGAAGGUGGAGUGGUACUGCAACGGUACCCCCAUACAGACAGGUCACCGCUUCAAGACCACCUACGAUUUUGGCUUCGUUGCGCUGGACAUUCUUUAUGCCCAUGCCGAGGACACCGGCACCUACAUGUGCAAAGCCAAGAACGCCAUUGGAGAAGCUGUCACGACUUGUGCUGUAAACGUAACAGCAAACAAGACGCUCGACCUGGACACUUUGGAUGCUCAGCGUUUGGAGAAGAUUCGUCAGCUAGAGAACUAUGCUCCUCCCACUAAGCCAGUGGUGGAGGAGAAGGGCCAGAAGCCCAUUUUCCUUACGCCGUUGAGCAACCUAGAACACCUGAAGGAGGGCGAACACGCCCACUUGGAGUGCCGAGUGGAACCGAUAAACGACCCCAACCUGAAGAUCGAGUGGUUCUGCAACGGCAAGCAAUUGCCCACAGGUCAUCGAUACCGCACCACCCACGACUUUGGCUACGUUGCCUUGGACAUCCUGUACGUCUAUGGCGAGGAUACCGGCACCUAUAUCUGCAAAGCCACCAACCAGCUGGGUGAGGCUGUAAAUACCUGCAAUUUGCGCGUUUUGAACCGCCGCAGCAUGAUUCUGGAUACCCAACAUCCCGAUGCUCUGGAGAAGAUCCAGAAGCUGGAGUCGAAGGUACCGAAUGCCCGUACCGAGGUUGGAGACACUCCAAUCAGUCCUCCCCAUUUCACCGCCGAACUUCGUGGCUCGACUGAGAUCUAUGAAGGUCAGACGGCUCACUUUGAGGCCCAGGUCGCUCCGGUUCACGAUCCCAACUUGCGCAUCGAGUUUUAUCACAAUGGCAAGCCCUUGCCUUCGGCUUCUCGGUUCCACAUCACCUUUGACUUUGGAUAUGUCUCUUUGGACAUUACCCAUGCUGUUGCCGAGGACGCCGGAGAAUAUUCCGUGCGUGCUGUUAACGCCCUGGGUCAGGCAGUGUCCUCUACUAACCUACGCGUGAUUCCGCGUGGUACCAUCAUUUCGGAUACCCAGCAUCCCGAGGGCCUGGAGAAGAUCCGCAAGCUGGAAUCGAUGGCGCCCCAUCAGCGCCAGGAGCCGGAAACUCCAGGUACUCGCCAGCGCCCGGUGUUUACUCAACCACUUCAGAACAUUGAUAAGAUCAAUGAGCACCAGACAGCUCACUUCGAGGCGCGCUUGAUUCCCGUGGGAGAUCCUAACUUGAAGGUAGAGUGGUACCGCAACGAGAAAAUCAUCGAGGACAGUUCGCGCAUCACCAAGCAGCAUGACUUUGGUUUUGUCUCGCUCGACAUCUCGCACAUCCGCAAGGAGGAUGAGGGCGUGUACAUGUGCCGCGCAGUCAAUCCUCUGGGUGAGGCUGUGACCACCGCUUCUAUGCGUGUUGUGUCCGAGGCCAGCAUCCAGAUGGAUACCCAGCACCCGGACAGCAUCAGCCGCAUCCACCAGUUGGAGAAACCAGUGGCUCCGCGUCCCAGCGAGCCAGAGCGCCUGUUUGAGAAGCCCAUCUUCACUCAACUGCUCACUGGACCCUCGGAGCUGUGGGAGGGAACUCAUGCCCACUUCGAAGCACGAGUUGUGCCUGUGGGCGAUCCUUCGCUUAAGUUCGAGUGGUUCAUCAAUGGUGUGGAACUGCAAAUGGGCUCUCGUCUGCGCACCACUCACGACUUUGGCUUUGUCACUUUGGACAUUACCGCUGUGGUUCCAGAGGAUGCCGGUGUUUACAUGUGCCGUGCCUAUAACGCCGCUGGUGAGGCUGUGUCUUCCACCGCCAUGAAGGUAAAGACCAAGUCCAACAUCGAUGGACAACCUUUGAUUCCGGAGUCCUGGGAGGCUAUUCGUCUCAAGGAGGCUGCCAUGAACCGUGUGCCAGAAAUGUUUGUGGAUUCGACACCACAGCAGGCUCCGGUGUUCACCACCCAUCUGCAGAGCUACGACAAGCUGCAUGAGGGCCAGCACGUCCUCUUGGAAGCCCAGGUGGAGCCUCGUGCGGAUCCCAACCUCCGCAUUGAGUGGUUCAAGAAUGGUAUUUCCCUGACCACUGGCUCCCGUAUCCGCAGCACCUUUGAUUUUGGUCUGGUUACUCUGUCCAUCAACGGAUUGCGUGCGGAUGACUCGGCUAUUUACACCUGCAAGGCCACCAACCAGGUGGGUGAAGCCGUUUCGACUUCCUCUCUCAAGAUCGAGGAUCGUCACUGGCUGCAGGCCGAGUCCCUUCAUCCGGAUUCACUACCUCGCAUUGGAGAACUGGAGGCGCCUAAGGAGGGACGUCCCGAGGCUCCAGAACCGACUUACGAAACUCCCGUGUUCAUCACUCAUCUGAACAACAUCGAGUGCAAGGAGAGCGACAACGUGCGCUUCGAGUGCAACGUGGAGCCGGCUAGAGACCCUACCAUGUCCAUCGAGUGGUUCUACAAUGGACAGCCACUGCAAGCCGCUGCCAAGUUCAAGUCCAUCUACGACUUUGGCUACUGCGCUUUGGAUCUGACCAAUUCCUAUGCUGAGAAUAGCGGCGUUUACACCUGCAAGGCCACCAACAGCAAGGGCUCUGCCACCACCUCGGGCACUCUCAAGUGCACCGGUGGCAAGACCAUGUUCCUGGACACCCAGCAUCCUCAGGGUGAGGCCGGUCUUGAGGCCGUUCAGGAAACUGAGGAGGAGCUGGCGAAUCGCUAUACCAGCAAGACUGCCAAGCCAGAGACCCAAUACCCACCACCGGUAUGGACCAAGCCACUGCAGGCCGAAUUCCAUCUGUCGGAGGCGCAACCCAUCCACCUGGAGGCCAACGUGGAGCCCAAGGAGGACCCCAACUUGUUCAUCGAAUGGUACUUCAACGGCAAGAUGCUGCAGCAUGGAUCUCGCUUCAAGAUGACCAGUGAAUUUGGUUUCGUCACCAUGGACAUGAUCGAGGUUUAUGCUCGCGAUCAGGGCAUUUACACCUGCAAGGCGUACAACAAGGCUGGUGAGGCCUUCACCUCGACCACCAUCUUCUGUUCGAGCAAGGAGAACAUCAUCGAUUCUACGCAGCAUCCGAAGGGAGCUGAGGGCUUGGAACAGAUCCAGGAUCUGGAAGACUCUCUGCGCAAGGAUGGCUCCAAGCCAGAGCAACCGGAUCUGGGAAUCCCACCACGUUUCACAACCGAGUUUGUCAACAUCGCAGACAUUGGGGAGGGUGAGCUGGCUCACUUUGAGGCCAAUCUAAUUCCCGUAGGCGACCAGAGCAUGGUCAUUGAAUGGUUCUACAACGGCAAGGUUCUGGAAGCUAGCCACCGCGUGCGGACCAUCUACGCUUUCGGCACAGUGGCUUUGGAGGUUCUAGGCACCAAGAUCGAGGACACCGGCACCUACACCUGCCGCGCCACCAACAAGCACGGAACCGCUGAGAUCAGCUGCACGCUCGAGUGCGUGGACAAGCCUAGGGGUCAAAAGCCGCGCUUCACCUCCCACAUCCAGCCGCUGCAGGGCCUGAAGGACGGUCAGUCCGCCCACUUCGAGUGCACUCUGAUUCCAGUGAACGAUCCGGAGCUGAAGGUGGAGUGGUAUCACAAUGGCAAGCUUAUGCGUCACUCGAACCGCAUCAAGACCGUAUCCGAUUUCGGAUACGUCGUCUUGGACAUUUCCUAUCUGCAGGAUCAUGACAGUGGAGAGUACGUGUGCAGGGCCUGGAACAAGUACGGAGAGGACUUUACACGCACUACCCUCAAUUGCGGAGGCCGUGGUGGUGUCUUUUAUGACAGUCUGCAGCCCGAUUCGCUUCAGAGGAUCAGGGAGCUGGAGUGCCCGCAAGGACAGCAGGCAGAUACAUCUGCUCCUCUGGUUGCCGAGCCACCCAAGUUUAUCACCCAGAUCGUGGAUGUUACCAAGCUGGUGGAGGGACAGUCAGCUCACUUUGAGGCACGUUUGACUCCAAUUACCGAUCCGGACCUAGUAGUGGAAUGGUAUUUCAAUGGCAAGAAACUGCCACACGGUCACCGCUUCCGCACCUUCCACGACUUUGGCAUCGUCAUUCUGGACAUUCUGUACUGCUACGAGGAGAAUUCCGGAGUAUACGAGGCCAGGGCUCACAAUAAAUAUGGUGAGGAUGUAACCCGUGCCACGCUUAAGUGCGCCUCAAAGGCUAGCCUCAUUCUGGACUCCCAGCUGCCGCGAGGCAUGGAAGGUGGUCUGGAGAAGAUCGCCAACCUGGAGUACAGCAUGGUUCGUACUCGCGAAGAAACCACCGAGGAGACAAAGGGCAAGGCUCCAGUCUUCACUGUGCCGCUAGAGAACAUCGACAAUCUGCGUGAGGGUGAGAAUGCUCACUUUGAGGCCAGGAUCACCCCGGCUGAUGAUCCCAAGUUAAAGGUCGAGUGGUACUGGAACGGACGUCCAUUGAAGGCCGGAUCUCGUUUCCGUACUUUCUGCGACUUUGGUUUCGUCAUUCUGGAGAUUUCCCCUGUGUAUCCUGAGGAUUCUGGCGAGUACUCUUGCCGCGCCAUCAACGAGUAUGGUGAGGCAGUGACCACGGCCUCGAUGAAGAUCCAAGGCAAGCGCAGCAUUAUUAUGGAAUCGCAGCUCCCCAAGGGCAUGGAGGGAACCAUCGAUCGCAUCGCCGAGCUGGAGGGCUUGGGAUCCCGCAGUACCGAAUUUGUGCCGGAUGAUGAUACCGGAAAGCCACCAGAGUUUAUCACCUCACCCUUCGACAUGGUUAUUGGUGAAAAUGCUCUGGCCCACUUCGAGUGCCGCCUGCAGCCGAUCAACGACCCGUCGAUGCGAGUGGAUUGGUUCCACAACGGCAAAGCCUUGUGGGCUGGCUCCCGCAUCAAGACCAUUAACGAUUUCGGUUUCGUGAUCCUCGAAAUCGCCGGUUGCUAUCAGCGCGAUUCUGGAUUGUACACUUGCAAGGCUACAAACAAGCACGGUGAGGCCACGGUCUCUUGCAAGUUGCAGGUCAAGGGUCGUCAGGGCAUCGUCAUGGAGCCACAGUUGCCCUCCAACUUCCGCACAGGAACUGAGAGCCUGCAGAAACUGGAGGAGAGCAUGCACAAGCGUGAGGAAAUUGUGAUUGACGACGAGCAGCCCAACCCACCCAAGUUCACCGAGGAAAUCAAAGACAACCUGGAUGUGCCCGAAGGCGGCCCAAUUCACUUUGAUUGCCGCGUGGAGCCUGUGGGCGAUCCAACCAUGCGCAUUGAGUGGUUCUACAAUGGCCAUGUCAUGGCUACCGGAUCUAGGGUCCACCAGCUAAAUGAUUUCGGCUUCAUCGCCUUGGAUGUUGACUACAUCUAUGCCAGAGACUCGGGAGAGUAUACUUGUAGGGCUACCAACAAGUGGGGCACUGCCACCACCACCGCCAAGGUCACCUGCAAGGGCAAGCACAAUAUUGUUUAUGAAUCCCAGCUGCCCGAGGGCAUGACCUCCGAAAAGUUGAAGGAACUGGAGCGCGGUCGCAUUCCAGAAGCCCCGAAAGUGGUUGAGGAGGAGUUCGGGCCACCGAAGUUCACGACUCAGAUCACUUCUGUGACUGUCGAUGAGGCAGAAGCCGUGCGAUUUGAGUGCCAGGUGGAACCCAAGACUGAUCCCAGUCUGCGCGUUGAAUGGUACCGAAAUGGCAAGCCCCUGCCCUCCGGACACCGUUACAGGAACAUCUUUGACAUGGGCUUCGUUUCCCUGGAUAUUUUGUAUGUCUACGGAGAAGACUCUGGAGAGUACGUGUGCCGUGCUGUUAACAAUCACGGCGAGGAUCGUACCAGGGCUACAGUGUCUUGCAAAAAACUGCCUACCAUCUUGCUCCAGAACCAAGUGCCUCGCGGCAUGAAGCGUUCGGAUGCUCUUACCCAAAUGGAAGCCACCAUCAAGAAGUAUACGUCCGAGGUCCAUUUGACCGAGGAUGAUCUCUUCGAUCCCGAUCGCAAGCAGCCUCCUCGCUUUGUCACCCAGAUCAAGGAACAGCUUACCCUGACCGAGAUGGCCGUUACCAAGUUCGAAUGCCAGCUGGCUCCUGUGGGAGAUCCCAACAUGAAGGUCGAAUGGUUCUUCAAUGGCAAGCCUUUGCUGCACAAGAACCGCUUCCAGCCCAUAUAUGAUUUCGGUUAUGUGGCAAUGAACUUUGGCUGGGUUUAUCCCGAAGACAGUGGUGAAUACGUGUGCCGUGCCACCAACUUGUAUGGUAAGGACGAGACUCGUGCCUUCAUCAAGGUGUCUGGCAAGCCCGGAAUUGUGUACGAUUCCCAGCUGCCCGCUCACAUGCAGAGCAUUGACCGCAUCCGUGAAAUGGAAGCCUCAUGGCAAGUGGUGCCCGACGAGGUUGAUCCCGAUGCCAAGCCCAGAACCAAGCCGGUCUUUGUGAGCAAAUUGGAACCCCAGACUGUGGAGGAGGGUGAUUCAGCUAGAUUCUGUGUCCGAGUCACCGGACACCCACGUCCCAGGGUUAUGUGGCUGAUCAAUGGACACACUGUUGUACACGGCUCCCGCUACAAGCUGACCAACGAUGGCAUGUUCCAUCUGGACGUCCCUAAGACACGUCAGUACGAUACUGGAAAGGUAGAGGUGAUUGCUCGCAACUCCGUCGGCGAAUCGAUUGCCAGCACUGAACUGAAGGUUGUUGCUCGCUCGGAUGAUUAUCGUAAUGUGCUGAAGAACUCGCCACGUCCCUGGUAUGAUUACGAACUAGCUGCCUACCAGAAGGAGCGUCAGGAGAAUGAGCUGGAGAAGGUAUUCGAUGAGCGUAAGCAAGUCCUUUCUGAACAGAGCUCUCACACUCUGAAGGGAGUCGAGCACCUGAAGCCCAAGCAAUACAAGCCCCCCACUCCUGACUGGCAGACAAAUGUCAAGGCUAAGAAGAGCGAGGACUACUACAAUAAGCUCCAGACCUUGGAAACCGAGCAGCUUCUGAAGGAAACCAACCUGCGUAGGGAUAAUCAUCAGUACGCUAUUCCCGGCGAGAAGGUCGUGAGCAGCUCUCAGGCCAAGGGAAUGGCUCAGUCCUACGAAGAGAAUCUGCAAGAAAAGACCAGCACCACCCAGGUGCAGGCUGCACCACCCAAGGGCACCGCCCAACCCUCCGAAUCUUCUGUCCAUGGACGCGAGGUUCACAUGAACAAGCAGCAGCAGGUGCAAAAGGAGAUCCAGGGUGACCUCGAGAUUACCCGCAAGAUCACCGCCACCGAGACCACGGAGGUGGAGCACAAGGGCACCAUCCAGGAGCGUGUGGUUCAAGGACCUGUGAAGCCAGCUAAGGCUCCGGUCUUCACCAAGAAGAUUCAGCCGUGCCGUGUCUUUGAGAACGAGCAGGCCAAGUUCGAAGUGGAAUUCGACGGCGAGCCCAAUCCCACGGUUAAAUGGUACCGCGAGAGCUUCCCCAUCCAGAACUCGCCAGAUUUGCAGAUCCACACCUUUAGCGGCAAGUCCAUACUGAUUAUUCGCCAGGUGUUCGUUGAGGAUUCGGCCGUAUUCUCGUGUGUGGCCGAAAAUCGUGGAGGAACCGCCAAGUGCAGUGCCAAUCUGGUGGUCGAGGAACGUCGUCGUGCCGGAAAGGGUGGCAUUCAGCCUCCCAGCUUUGUGACCACCAUCCAGAGCACCACCGUGGCCACCGGACAGCUGGCUCGUUUCGACGCGAAGGUCACGGGAACCCGUCCCCUGGACGUUUACUGGCUGAAGAACGGCAUGAAGAUUCAGCCGAGCAUCAAGUUCAAGAUGCUGGAGGAGGACAGUGUUCACACCCUGCUCAUCAUCGAACCCUUCGCCGAGGAUUCCGGUCGCUAUGAAUGUGUGGCCGUCAAUGCCGCCGGAGAGGCUCGCUGUGAUGGUGAUUGCAUUGUUCAGUCGCCCACUAAGCCGGAGAAACCAACCACUCCGGGCAGCGAGAAGGCCCCGCACAUUGUGGAGCAGCUGAAGAGUCAGUCCGUGGAGGAGGGCAGCAAGGUCGUCUUCCGCUGCCGCGUGGAUGGCAAGCCCACGCCCACCGCCCGCUGGAUGCGAGGCGAGAACUUUGUGAAGCCAUCACGCUACUUCCAGAUGAGCCGCCAAGGCGAGUACUACCAGUUGGUCAUCUCGGAGGCCUUCCCCGAGGACGAGGGCACCUACAAGUGUGUGGCCGAAAACAAACUGGGCAGCAUUCAAACCAGCGCCCAGCUGAAGGUCCGUCCCAUCGAAAAUUUGGACGCCCCGCCCACCAUCACCGCCAUCAAGGAUGUCUCCGUCACUGAGGGCAUGCCCGCCCAGUUCAAGACGACAGUGACUGGCAAGGUGAAGGCCACCAGUGUCCAGUGGUUCCGCGAGGGUCAGUUGAUUCCCGAAACACCAGAUUUCCAGAUGAUCUUCGAUGGCAACAGCGCUGUGCUCCUGAUUGGCACCACCUAUGAGGAGGAUUCGGGUAUCUUUACUGUACGCGUAACUUCGUCCACCGGCCAGGUUGAGUCCUCAGCCAAACUGACUGUUAAAAAACGACGCAUCUCGGCCUUUCAAUUGCGAACGAUUGAUUCCGCCGAAGAUGAAUCCUCUUCCUCUGGUCGGGAGGACAGUGCCCCCGAGUCGCCCAACACUUUCCAACCUGGCCAGCAACCAGGCCAGCAGUUUGGCCAAUUCCUGGGCGUCAACGGGCAGGGUCAGCAUCAGGGAAGAUCGCGCCAGAAGAAACCCAAAGUGCGAAGCAAGUCCCUGCAGCCCGCGACCAAGGUAAUACCGUGGCGCAAAUCAUCGCGUCCCACUCGUGGUCGUUCUUUGGAUAAGGGUGUAUUUCUGCCAGGCUUUAAGCCCGAGCCGGUUAAAUCCUGGACCGAGGAGACAAUUAGCUUAAAGGCUACUCCUAUUGAGAAGAAGAAGCCUACUCCCAAACUAGAAGCAGCCAAGGUUGUUUUGAAAUCGAUUAAAACCGAGCGCGAUCAAGGUAUCAUGAGUUUGGGUGCUACUCUGGAGCAGAUCAUUGCUGGCAAGACCGAAAAGGAAGCAGUUCCUUGGAUCACUAUGCGUGAAAAACUCAAGGCAGUCGAGAGUGUUCAGCAACAGCUCAACAAAUUUGACUUAGAUGAGGUCUACCUUCGACCACUUGAGGGUCAAAUCGAAACCGAUGAGCAGCUACCUCAGCAAGCUCAAGUGGAACAGGUACAGCGCACCAAGGAAAUUCAGCGGCUAAAGAGCAUGGAGAGUGUUGAGAUUAUGGAGAUGACUGACCAGAUUGAUAAGCUUAUUACCCAGCAGCAAAAUGCGAAGGAUCUCAUACCUUGGAAGGAGAUGCGCCAGCAGCUGAAGAGUGUGCAGAAGGUAACCAAGCAGAUCGACAAGUUUAAAAUUGAAGAAGUUGAGCUGCGUCACCUGCAGGCCCAGCAGGCCAUCACCGAGGAAUAUCAAACCGGUACAGCCGAGGAAACUCACGUCAUGAUUGAUGAGAGCUCCAAGGGUUCGAUCUCUAAGGUGAUGCGUCGAGAUGAACUUCAGCAAUACGAAGAUCAGUCCAACAUAUACAAGCAGCAGUUUAUCACCACCGAGGAUGUGAACAUUAUGCAUGUUUCGGAGCGUGAGAAACUGGAGGCGCAGAGAUUGAUUCGCGAACAGCAGGCUGUCAAUUGGCGUCAUCAACAGCAACGCCCACAAUUGCAGCCCCUGACUUCAGUCGAGGACACGAUAGUCUCCCAGACUACCGACAGACAAAAGUUGGUGCAACAGCAAAGCCUCAUCGAGGAGGCUCAGCGCCAGCAGUUCACGCAGAUCGAGGAUUCGCAGAUGAUGAGCCUAGAACAGUACGAACACCAGAAAAUCGUUAGCCAACGAACCCAGCAGGAGGCCUUUAGCUGGCGUCAGCCACGCGAGCCUCAAAAGUUCAUUCAGGUUGAGGAUUCUUCGUUGCUGCAUCUACAGGAGCGCCAGGAUACGCAGGAGCAGCAACUGCUACAGCAACAACCUGUGAUGUGGGAUCGCGGUAGGAAAAAGCCGGAACAACCUCAGUAUGUGCAACCCCAGACUGCACCCGUUCAGCAAGAAUACGAGGAGAAACCAAAGUCGUACGAGGAAAUGCAUGAUAAACUGGUUGAACCCACUCCAGUUCAACAGCCCCAACCUGUGCCAGUUAUGUGGGAGCGGGGUAAGAAGAAACCCCAAGAACAAGAGAAGACCUUCGAGGAGGCACACGACAAGUUGGAAGAGCCCACACCCGUUCAGCAACCAGAACCAGUGCCAGUCUUGUGGGAGCGAGGCAAGAAGAAGGUCGCUCAACAGGAAACCAUCACUUCCCAGGAAGUGGUGCAAUCAUCGCAACUGGUCGACCAACAGAUUGUUGAGGAAACAAAGAAGACUGCUGUUCGCCGGGUGAUUCCACCACGAGAGCCAGAGCAGAAGGUGGAGCAGGUUACGUUAAAACCAACGCCCCGUCCUCGUCCUAAAGAGGCCCAGAAGACUGAAGAGAUUCAACUGAAACCGUUGAAGAGCAUCAGGCCCGUACCCCAAUCAGUGGAGCAGCCGGCGCAGAAGGCUUAUGAAGAAGCCACCGAUGAACUGCCUGAAGAACCACUACCCCAAGAGCAGGAGCAACCGCAACCUGUUUUAUGGGAACGUGGCAAGAAGAAGCCCCAGAAGCCCGAAGAGCAAGUGCCCGAAAUUCCAAAGACUCUCGAGGUUGCGGUAGACACUUUGGAAGAGGAGGUGCCUAGAACCACUGAACCUCAACCUCAGCCUGCUUUGUGGGAGCGUGGUAAAAAGGCUAAGCCAGAACAGCAAGUUGUCGAAGAAGUACCUAAAACAUUGGAGGUUGCUGUAGACACUCUGGAGGAAGAGGUUAAGCCUGUUCAGCCUGAAGCACAACCUGUGCUUUGGGAACGUGGAAAGAAAAAGAAGCCACAACAGCAAGAAGUUGUCGAAGAAAAGGUCGAGGAAGCUCCUGUUAAGACCUACGAGGAAGCAGUCGACGUUCUCCCUGAAGAGCCCAAGCCUGUGGAGAAGCCAGAGCCUGUCUUGUGGCAGCGCGGCAAGAAAAAGACUCCUAAGCCUGAACCCGUUAAAGAAGGGCAUCCCGAUGAGGUAGAUGCCCAAAUCGAAGCUGUCGUUAAAGAAGAGCAGGAUAUUGUGGAAGAAAAGCGUCGAGUCAAGAAGACCAAGAAGCAAAAGCCAACAAAAGAAGCUGCUGAGGAGCUCUUUGAAGAGCAGCCGAAAGAGGAAAUUGCUCCCGAUGAUGAAGUACCUCAGGAAGAAGUUAUCGAAGAGCUUGAGGAAAUUGUCGAAGAAAAACGCAAAGUGAAGAAGACUAAGAAGCCCAAGCCAACGCAAGAGGUGACCGAAGAUGAACAGCCCGCAGAAGAAGUAAUUGAAGAGCAAGAAGAAAUUGUUCAGGACCAGGAAGAGGUCGCUGUUGAAGAAAAACGCCGGGUCAGGAAGGUCAAGAAGCCCAAAACAGUGGUUGAGAAGACAGAAGAUGUGGAGGAACAGCCCGAAGAUGAUAUCCCGCAGGAAGAAAUCGCCGAAACGCAAGAAUUGGUCGUGGAAGAAAAGGAAGAGGUUGUUGAAGAAAAGAAAAAGGUUAGGAGGGUAAAGAAGCCCAAACAAACCGUUAACAAGACUGAUGUUGAAGAACAGUCCGUAGAGGAAAUUCCAGAAGAAGAGCCCUCUGAGGAACAGGAAGAGAUCGUGGAACAAGACGAGAUCUUGGAAGAGAAGGAAAAGGUAAAAAAGGUGAAGAAGCACAAGAAGACCUUGGAAAAGACCGAUGUAGAAGACGAACAGCCAGAAGAUGUUCUUCAGGAAGAUGAAAUAAUCGAAGAACUUGAAGAAAUUGCAGAAGAACAGCGCAAGGUAAAAAAGGUCAAGAAGCCCAAGAAAAAGGUGGCCGAAGAGGAGUCAGUAGACCAGCCAGAAGAGGUUGAAGAACCUCAGGUUAAGCAAGUUGAAGAACCCGUUCCCGAAGAACCCAAAAAACUCAAGCCUGCGCCCAAGAUCCAGGAAGUUGCGCAAGUUGAAAAGGUCUCACUAAAGCCUGCGCCACGAAAGCAACGUCCUUUGCCCGAUAAAGAACAAUUGGAGGAGGUUACGUUGAAACCACUCAAAAAGACUGCACUUGUAUCCGAAACCACACAACCCGAGACACCGGAAACAGAAUUCGAGGUAAAGGAAUUUGUUAUCACAACUGAGGACCAAAUAGUGGACGUGACGAAGAAGCGGGUGAAGAAGAAGAAGCCCAAAUCAAAAACUACUACCGACGACUCAACCGACGAGCCUGUUGAAGAUGUCGAAGAUCUCGAGGAGGAGGUAACUCAACCUGAAAAGGUGCAACCAGUCGAAGAUGUACCUGCGGAACAGCAUACCGAGGAAAUUACCCCCGAACAAAAAAUUGGCCCCAAGCCGAAGCCAAGAAAGGAAGAAAUCAUCGAGAAGGUUGAAGAAGUUGCUCUUAAGCGGGUAACUCGGCCAAAGAAAGAGCUUCCCCAGGAGGCGACCAUCGAGGAAGUACGCUUGAAGCCAACUCAACGCACAUCUGUCAAGCCCGAAGAAGUCAAGCUAGAGGAGGUGGACUUGCAGCACUUCGAGAAAAAGGACGAAGAAAUCGUCCAGGAGGAGAGGCGUAAGACCAAGAAGGUGAAGAAGCCAAAACACGAAGACUUGCCUGAAAUAGCCGAUGCGGAACCAACCCAACUGGAGGAGGCCGAACACAUCGACCUUGAGAAAGAGCCUAAGCCCGAAGAUGAGCAACCACAUGUGCCGUGGAAGCGAGGAGAGAAAAAGAAGCCGGUCGAAGAAGUUGUGGAGGAGAAGAAGUUGCCUUCGGGUAAGCGCCGCCCACUGCCCGAAGAGCAGCCGGAGGAAGUUAAACUUAAGCCAAUUCCUUCAAAACCAGUGGAGGAGCCGAAGAGGCCAGAAAAGGCCAUACCCGGACCACAACUUGUGCCACAAGAAAAGCCAGAAAGCGAAGAGGAGGAAAUAGAGCUGGAACCUCUGAAGCUACCCGAAGAUAAGCAACCUAAGGAGCCCAAGGUUAAGAAAGAAAAGAAGAAGAAGCCCAAGCUGAAGAAGGCCACACCCUCAGUGGACGAGGUGUCGGAGGAAGAGGCUGUGCCCUUCGACGAACCAAUCGCGGAGGAAGAUCAAGUGGAAGAGUUGCCAGUAGAAGAUAUCAAGGUCGUGGCAGUUUCGGAAGACGUUCUGCCCGAAGAGGAAGUGGUACCCACAGAGGAGACGCCUGAGGCCAAGCAGAAGGCGCAUAAGAAGCGCACGAAGCGACUCAAGGAGGCCUCCGUAGAAGGACAACCACAGCUACUGGAAGCGGCCAUUGCUGAAAUCGAAAAGGUGGAUGAAAUAUCCCAAGAGAUCUCACAAAAGACUAUUACCCUACUCAAAAAGACUGAAGACACAAGACCUCAAUUCAUUACGACUGAACAGCUCAUCGAGCUGGAUGUGGAGGACGUCCGACGCGAUCUCGAAAUGAAGGUCACAUCCAACAUUAUCAAAAAAGAGAAACGUCGCGUAGUGCUAGACGACAGUCAACCUUUGCCUGAGUUGGAGUUGAUCACGCAGAAGCGAAUCCAGGAGGGCAUUGACAGGGUAGCCGACGAGGAGCUUAUAGAGGACCAGCAGCUCAUCCAAAACCAGGAGGAGACUACCACUUCCGAGGUUAUUGGUCAGGAGCGCAAGCUGGUUAAGAAGAAGAAAAAGGAGAUUAAGCCCCCGAGGAUAACCGAGAAGUUGCGUCCCCGUCAAUGUGUUCCAGAAGAACCCACCGUGCUGGAGUGCAAGGUGGAGGGAGUUCCAUUCCCGGAAAUAAACUGGUACUUCAACGACAUUCUACUGUUUGCUUCGGAGAAGUACGAGAUCACUGUCGUCGAGCAAGUGGCACAGCUUAAGAUUGCCAAGGUCACACCCAGCGAUGUUGGCGUCUACACAUGUGAGGCCAAGAAUGAGGCAGGAGUCGCAACAAGUCGUACCAACAUUAUUUUAGAAAAAGAACAAGGAGUUGCACCCCAGUUUACGAAACCCCUUAAGAUUGAGUUUACUGAGGAGAAGCAGCCCGAGAGGCUUAAGGUUACGGUGACCUGCCAAGUGACAGGAAAGCCCAAUCCUCAGGUGAAAUGGUACAGAGGUAUAGAGGAAGUAAUCCCCAGCGAAACCGUGCAAAUGUUCUAUGAUGAGAGAACUGGUGAUGUAGCUCUGGAGGUUAUCAACCCCACUCCCAAUGAAGCAGUUGUAUACUCUGUGCAGGCGCAGAAUCAAUUUGGACGUGCCAUUGGCAAUGCCAAUAUCCUAAGUCGGGUUGAUGAAGUUCCCCGGGAAAUUCUCAAGGCACCCACCGUAACUCCAUUGAACGCCGUAGUUGUACCCACUGGAGGUACCCUCUUCUUUGAGGCCAAAUACGAUGGCCUGCCUAGGCCAGAGGUCAAAUGGAUGCGCAAUGGUCGUGAGGUUAUUGAAAAUGAGGAGGUCAUCAUAGAAACCACCGAGACUACAACCACUAUUAAAGUUAUCAAUAUGUCGCGUAAGCGAACUGGUAAAUAUGAAGUCUGGGCCAAAAACAAGGUUGGCGAAGCCAAGUCUUCAGGAUCGGUGGUGGUUUCAGAUCAGAAGCCCGAUGAACAAAUAAGGCCACCAAGAUUUAUUCAGCCCCUAGAGCCCAAAUACUUUGGCGAGCACGAAGUGGCCAUUAUCGAAGCGGUUGUGGACUCUGAGCCAUUGUCCUCCUUCCAGUGGUUUGUGCACAAUGAGCCAGUCAAAAGUUCCAACGAAGUGCGUAUUGUUAGCCAGGCCAACAAGUCAACGCUGCUGAUUGAGGACUUCCAGAAGCAAUUCGUCGGACCCUUCACAUGCCGGGCCGAAAAUGUGGGUGGCUCAGUGACUUCAACGGCCACCGUUAACCUAACGGAGGCUCUGCCCCAAGAGGAGGCAGAGGAAUUUGAAUCGCCGCGCUUUGUUGAGGAACUUAUUCAACCCGUGGAGGUAAUGGAUGGCGAGGCAUUGCUGCUGACCUGCCAAGUCACCGGAAAACCCACUCCCAAGGUGGAGUGGUAUCACAAUGCUGAGAAGAUCACUGAGAACAAGGAAACUGCGAUAUCGCAAGACUUGCAAGGCAAUUGCCAGCUGCAGAUUACGGAAGUUUUUCCUGAAAACGAGGGCCAAUACGAGUGCGUAGCCACAAACAAGGUUGGCAAGAGCGUGAGCAAGACAAACGUUAAAAUACAAGCAUUUGAAUAUAUCCCCGAUUCUGAAAUCACUGGACUCACAGGAUCUGAGGAGGAUCUACUAGAUAGAACUCUCUCGAUCGACGAACAAGCUCCGAAAAUAAUUAAAAAGCUGCCAGAGAAAAUCGAGCCCAAAGAGGGCGAGCAAGCGAAGCUGGAGGUUAAGGUCGUUGGAAAACCAAAACCGAAGGUCAAAUGGCUGCGCGACGACGAGCAGAUAUUCGCCUCCGAGGAAUAUCAGAUCGAAAAUUUCGAAGACGGCACCUCAGUGCUGGUGAUCAACCACGUCUAUCCCGAUGAUUUGGGUACAAUAAGUUUCGAGGCAUACAAUCCACUGGGUGUGGCAGUGACCACUGCGCUUUUUGCGGUCGAAGGCAUCGUUGGAUCGAAGGAUUACCGCAAGCCGGAAUGGGUGACUCAGAUGGAAGAAAUGCAGGUGGCUCUUAAAGAAACAACAGCCACUAAAGUGGAAAAACAAUUCAUACAGCAACAAGAAAAAGAACAUGUGCAAAUUCACGAAAAACAAGAACAAGUGCAAGUACAGGCUCUGACUGAACAAAUUGUGCAUAAGAAAACGAAAACCAAAAAGCAUAAGAAACACAUACAAGAACCAGAACAUGAAGUUUCCGAGUCCACAACAACCAAAUACGAACAAAGAGAAACACUGGCUCAUGAAACAACCACAGGAUUACCGCAGGCAGAAACUCUCGGACAAAUUGAAGAGAUUCUGCCAUCAUACGAGACACUAAACAUGCAAAAUCUUCCAACAGACACCCUCGAAUCCGUUGCAGUUGCAGUCACCACAGAUCUUUCUACUCCGAGACCGAUUUCAGCUCAGGUACAGGACGAAAUACUGCCUCAAAAGGUGUUGGCCAUUAGGGAAGAGUGUUUAUCACUCUAUGACGUUGGCCUGCAAAAAGCCAUCCGUAGACCCGAAGAAAGCAGACUUAGCGAAAAUGUAGAAUUGAGGAAACAACAAGCUUUGAAUGUGGCUGAAACAAGGAUAGACGAAUCUUCUAGAGAGCUUCUACCUUCUAAAAUACCAAAAUCGGUGAAGGCUCAACGCAAGGUGAAGGAGUCGCGUCCUUUGCUGGUUGAAGCUCCCAGCGUGGAAGAAUCUAUCGAGGAUCUUCAGCCACUGAAGACCGUAACACAACAGGCACAUGGUGACAUAUUGUUGUCGCAUGAGCUAACCGAAGAACAGCAACCUGCAAUGGAAAGCAUCAAAAAGCUAAAUCCAAUCCACACAACGGAGAAAAUUGUUCAGGAGAACCUUGUGAAUCAGCAGGAGCUUAUAAUCACCGAAGUGAUCAGCACAGAAACAGUUGGAAGAGAAGUUACUCAGGCGAAGACAGUUGAAGAAAAUAUCGCACCACAAGUAAUACCCAACAUUAGUCUUGCUAUUAGCGAGUGCCAACCAGAGGAAUCUUUGCUUGAACUAAAACUAGCUCCUAAGGCACGCCUGGAGUUAUCCAAGACGUCAAUAUUUGAACAAAAAGCAGUCAGUGGAAACGCAACGUCAGUUUUUGAAAGCGUGGAGCAACUGCCACUUGAGACGCAGCCGUCUAAAAGCUUGGCGCAUUUUGCAAUUAACGCUGAGGAGGCUCCAGUUCAGGUGCACGAAAUCAAACCUUUUGAGAGUCUAGAAAGAGGUGAGGUUACCAAGAAACGGACUGUUGAAACGAAAGCUUUGGAACUGUUCGAAUUAGCUGAGGGAAUAUUGAAUAUCACCGCUGAUUCUCAGAGUCCAAUUGAUGAUGCUUUGCCAAGCUUUAAGGUAGAUGUAAAAGAAGCCAUUAUAAAUAUGCAGACGCAGCACCAUGUAACAACUCUGGAAACAGUUUCAAAUGAAAGCACAUCAAAGGAGUUGGGGAUAAACUAUAUUCCAAAUAUUUCCGAGGGGACGUGGGGGCAAUCCAGUGCAUUGACUAUCGGCGAAACACAGGAGACCAACAUAGUCGAAUCGGCAGUUGAGCUUUCGGAACCAAUUAUAGAAUCAACGAAACCUGCAAGGGGCACCUUAUCAAAAGCCUUUAGAACAGCGGAAAGAAAGGAAGAGGCGCUAUUUGAUUCACUCGGCUUGGUACCAGAUGAAGCUCACAAAACAGCACAUGGUAACGUAAUUAUCUCUGAAGGUGAAAUUGUGGCAGAAAUUCAGACCUCAACAGUAAUUGACAGAGAAAAAGAAUUUAAUUCCGCUACUCCAGAAAUGAUGGAUGCAAAACUAGAUUUCAUCGAGCAUACUGCAUUAGAAAUUAAUCAAGACACUACUGCGGAUAAGGAGAAGGUCCUGUUUCGCGAUAAGGGUCCGACAGCACAUUUAGCUACAGAAAAGAUGGUUGCUGCUGAGCUAAAGGUAACUAGCGUAUUCGAGGUUCAACCAGGAGUGACAUCUUCUGGUAUUAUUUCUGAAGAAACAAAGUGUGCAUCUGCGAAACGAGCCUUCCAGGCGAUGUCGAUUGGGGUUGCUAGUAAGCCAGAGUUCUUCGAUAGUAUCAGUCCUUUUGAACAACUUCAACAGCCUGAACUCAAAACGUGUAACUUAAUUCUGGAUGAGAACCAGCAACCUUUGGAGGUGACCAAUGUAGAAAUAACCGAAAUGAGCACGGAGCUUACUGGUGUCCUCCCCAAUCAAAGGCUAAGCAAAGCCCAAGCUGUUACAGAAGCUUUGAAGUAUACCGAGGGCCUAGAGGUGGUUCCGAUGGAGUCUAUAAUCAACGAAAGCGAACACAUUAAACCGACGGCAGUUUUAGCCAAUAUAAUCACGCCGCAACAAUUUGGAACUAAUGUUGAGGAGCAGGCGCACUUGGAAAGCUUUAAACAACGCGAAGAAGAAGUAAGGCCUCAAUCUCAAACCACAGAAAGCCACUUCGGAUUACUGCAACCUCUUGAAACCAUCUCAUGUGUAACCUUCGAGGGGGAGACCAUUUUACCAGCCGAAGAACCCAACUCUUUGCACAGCGCUGCUAUUGGAACCUGCGCAGCUUUGCAAGUUGCCAACACCAUGAGACCUCAGCGCAUGGAAUCAACAAAGGGACUAGACGAACAUAGGCAUCCGAAGCAGCAGGCACAUAUUGAAAUCGGGGAAAUCACUUUACCAAAUGUUGAAGAAAAUAUACCUCUUGAUGUCUUAAGCGACUACAAUAUACCAGACUAUAACAAGUCAUCUGUUGGUAAUGUAAAGCUUUUUGAAAAUAUGUCAGCUUUGAAAACUACUACUUCUAUUGUUAAUGAACACACAUUGGACUUGAAAGACCAAAAUAUGUAUCAGCAAGUCCACGUUAAUCCAAAACUGGAUGAAGCUACACAGAAAGUACCUACUUCAGAACUCGUUAACAUUCUUGAGCAAUUUUCGGUCUUAAAAGAAGAAUUACCCACCCUAGAAACGAUACGUUCUUCAAUAAAUAGUUUAUUCGAGAUAAAUGUAAGAGAACCCGAAAUUUUUGAGAAAGUGGAGCUCCUGGAAGGUGUUGCCCAGCCAAGCGAACAACUUAUUAAAAUAGCGUUGGACUCCACGACAGGCAUAGCUUUGGUUCGUCAAGAAGAUACCCUUGAGCAAGAACAGGAUCUUAAAGUUUCGUCAGUCCAGUCGGAGAAAGCCCGACCUGUUUCUUCAGAACUUCUUCAGUUGCCUGUAACUGAACACAUGGAAGAAAGCCAAAGCACCGGUGAAAUGGACCAUUUCUCCGUACCCAAGAAAUUUGCGUCUCCCAAAUUUGAUUUUAUAAAUGAAACCAAGUCAUUAGAAACGAUGGUGUACGACUCUUUUACAAAAUCUGUGGAUUCUUCGUUUCCAGAUAGCGCAGUACUAAAAAAGUCUCUAAUACCCCAUGCGCAUACAAUGGUGACUGGAAACUUUGUUUUUGAUGCGGCUGAGAAUCUUGAAAAUCCAUCUGUUGAUAAGAAAAUUGCAACCAAAGUUCAGGAUAACCUAUGUCAUUCAAUUAUAUCAGAGGAUCAAAGUAUAUUGGAAUCUGAAGCUUUUCUUGGGCUGGGAAAUACGGCAAGCAAGAAAGCUAAACUUCUGGAGGAUGUAAAAAAUCAGCAUGCUAGGCUUGUGAUUGAAGCCACUGCCUAUGAAGCCACUGAACAUUCUCACGAAAUAAAUAAAUAUAGUGUACAGCAAGCGGAAGCCACUCACGAAUUCGCGAAAGUUCAUGCAACGGACUUACAACAAGUUGUUGAAGCAGAAAAAGAGCUUAAAAGCCAGAAACAAUCUCAUGCGGAAGCAACGACUGAUUGUGUUCAAUCGCGCCUUGCUUUGGCGCUCACUACAAAGGCGCAUCCUGUUGAAGAAAUAGACCAUCUAUUAAGUUUUUCUCCAAUCACAUCGAUUGCUCAAACAAUCUAUGAAGGAAGACAGCAUGAAGUAAAUAUCAGCGAAGUCCAAGCAAUUGAGGAAUCCAAAGACCUCGUAGAUGUAGGUUUGCCUAUUGUUUCCGCUGUGGAGUCCAUUGACAUAAUGUUUAAGUCCACACCAGAGUCUCACCAACCACGUGUUUUCCAAAAAGAAACAACAAUAUUAUCUACAUUCCCUCAGGAGGCGAAAGCGAAAUCAUCUGUAGAUCUGCUUCAGGGUACCUCAAUACUCGAUACAUUUGCCCUAGAAUCAUCUGAACGUAUUCAAGACACGUCUGUUACUGAACAGGAGGCUCAACAAGAGUUUGUCACUGCUGUAGAGUCAAAUAAAGUUCAGGUUCAUUUUGAUAACAUAAUCAUGCAGAAAGAAGAUAUUUUAGAAGACUCGCAGAAGGAGUAUUUUGGAAAAUCGUUUAUGGAAGGCCCUCAACGAGAAACGCUUGUUACCGAAGUAGUGCCAGUUGAAAAUGUGGUUGGUAUUGACUCACUCCAAGAGCCAAAUACAAUAGGCUAUCUAACAACAAACAAUAGAAUAAAUCAAUCGCACAUGGUGUUAACCCAAGUGCCUUUAGAACUGGAAGGUGAGGCUGAAAUCGAUUACGACAAAAUAUCUCAAGCCAAGGUCAAAUCCGAGGAAGUCAGCAUACAUACAACCGUAUUUGAAGUCACUUCUUACGAAAAAACCGAAGACAUUCAAGAUAAAAAAGAUCAUGGCCUAUUUGUUAAGAUAUCAAAAGAUGCAGACAUCAACAAAGCUCAUUUGACAACAAUACAAUCGUCAUUCGUAAAAGAGGAUACCCUGUCCCAGCCUGAAGUAUUGGACGACACCGCUCAAUUGUCUAAUGUUGAACUUCAAUCGUUGGUUGCCGAAGAGGUAGUCAGCAUUAGUUCUAUCCAAGAAACAUAUGAUCUUCGAAUUCCAUGCGAAAGAAAAGCCAAUGUAGAGCAGGAAACUCCACAUGAGGCUGCUAACGUUUGUGAACAGACUGCGUACGAACAAAGUCCUGAUAUUGUAAUUAGACCGAAAGAAAGGGGUCUUACAAUGACUUCCACUGUACAAACAGGUAAAAAGCCUGCAGAAAGUUCAAUCGUUAGUGUUUACGAAAACAUUCAGGGUCAUGGGGAUUUUAGGCCAAAGACUUCAAAGCUCUCGUCAGACACAACUACGGUUUCUGAGCUGAAUGUUUCCAUAGUAGAAGAGGUGACUGCGAUAACAUCAUUAGGCAGCCUUACAACGGACUUACCACAAGAGCUGAAAGCAACGCCAGAAACCGUUUUACUCAAAACCAUUACUUACAGCGAGGAGCUUUCUUAUGAGGGUGAUAGCCCGAUAUCAAAAGACGAAAAGCAACCAUUUGAUCAUGCGACAACGCAACCAUGUGAUGGUAGAGUUGCACCCUUAACUUGCGAGCAAAGGGAGGAGGAAUCUGUUCAGGAAAUUAUUAAGUUUGAAGCUGAUAAGAAACAGGCGCUAUCAUCAAUCAUCACGCAGAGUACGUAUGUAAAUCAACAAACAAUAACACAUGAGAAGGUUCAGUUAUUAGAAGACAUUCCACACGAGGCUCCCGAAAAUGCAAUAGUAAACAUUGAAGCAAAUAAUUCAGUAACAACAGAACAGCAUGACAUAUUUAGCACAACAUCAACUCAGCUUGGUCCUGAUACUGACACUGGAGAUACACUAAAGACAACGCUAGUAGAAGGUAGCUCACAAAAUGCUUUACAAGCUACACAAUUUGUAUCAGAGCUCUUGCUUGAAACUCCUCAACUGAUGACUAAAAAUGCACACUUUGAAACAACAACAACACACAAAGAAGCACAUUCUACGACAACUGAGUCACAGACUCCAUUACACUUAUCAAAAGACGAGACUGAUAGAUCCCAGCAGAAAAUGAAAGAAGAAUAUUAUAAGUUAGAGAGUUUUGAUAAAACGGUAAAAAAAUAUUUGGAUACAAAACAGAGCACAGACACAACACACACAAAACAAAAGACACCAACACAAACAUCAAUAUCCCGGGCGAGUAAAAUCUCAGAUACGCCUGAAACUAUGCAAGUUAUUGAAACAAUGUCUGAAGAUGGAGCACCGAAAAAGAAAAAGAUUCGAACCCGUUUAAUCAAAAAGUUGAAGGGCGACAAACAAGAGGUUACAAAGAUCGUAACCGUCGAGGAAGAUGACAAGCUUCCCAAAACCACAGUAACCGUUGAAGAACUUCCGUUUGAAGAAGAAAAGCCAGAGGAAGUUCAAGAGCUUCCAGAAGAGGUUCGAGUGGUUGAGACUGUUUCCGAAGACGGCAAGCCAAAGAAGAAGAAGAUCCGCACUCGCGUUAUCAGGAAGGUGAAGGGCGACAAACAAGAAGUCACAAAGAUCGAAACAGUCGAGGAAGAUGACAAGCAACCAGAAACCACAGUAACAGUCGAAGAACUUCCGUUUGAAGAAGAAAAGCCAGAGGAAGUUCAAGAGCUUCCAGAAGAGGUUCGAGUGGUUGAGACUGUUUCCGAAGACGGCAAGCCAAAGAAGAAGAAGAUCCGCACUCGCGUUAUCAGGAAGGUGAAGGGCGACAAACAAGAAGUCACGAAGAUCGAAACAGUCGAGGAAGAUGACAAGCAACCAGAAACCACAGUAACAGUCGAAGAACUUCCGUUCGAAGAAGAAAAACCAGAAGAAAUUCAAGAGCUUCCAGAGGAGGUUCGAGUGGUUGAAACUGUUUCCGAAGACGGCAAGCCAAAGAAGAAGAAGAUCCGCACUCGGGUUAUCAAGAAGGUCAAGGGCGACAAACAAGAAGUCACGAAGAUCGAAACUGUCGAGGAAGAUGACAAGCAACCCCAAACCACAGUAACCGUUGAAGAACUUCCCUUUGAAGAAGAAAAGCCAGAGGAAAUUCAAGAGCUUCCAGAGGAGGUUCGAGUUGUUGAAACUAUAACCGAAGACGGCAAGCCAAAGAAGAAGAAGAUCCGCACUCGCGUUAUCAAGAAGGUCAAGGGCGACAAACAAGAAGUCACGAAGAUCGAAACCGUCGAGGAAGAUGACAAGCAACCCGAAACCACAGUAACCGUUGAAGAACACCCGUUCGAAGAAGAAAAACCAGAGGAAAUUCAAGAGCUUCCAGAGGAGGUUCGAGUGGUUGAAUCUGUUUCCGAAGACGGCAAGCCAAAGAAGAAGAAGAUCCGCACUCGCGUUAUCAAGAAGGUGAAGGGCGACAAACAAGAAGUCACGAAGAUCGAAACUGUCGAGGAAGAUGACAAGCAACCCCAAACCACAGUAACCGUUGAAGAACUUCCCUUUGAAGAAGAAAAGCCAGAGGAAAUUCAAGAGCUUCCAGAGGAGGUUCGAGUGGUUGAAUCUGUUUCCGUAGAUGGCAAGCCAAAGAAGAAGAAGAUCCGCACUCGGGUUAUCAAGAAGGUCAAGGGCGACAAACAAGAAGUCACGAAGAUCGAAACAGUUGAGGAAGAUGACAAGCAACCCGAAACCACAGUAACCGUUGAAGAACACCCGUUCGAAGAAGAAAAACCAGAAGAAAUUCAAGAGCUUCCAGAAGAGGUUCGAGUGGUUGAAACUGUUUCCGAAGACGGCAAGCCAAAGAAGAAGAAGAUCCGCACUCGGGUUAUCAAGAAGGUCAAGGGCGACAAACAAGAAGUCACGAAGAUCGAAACUGUCGAGGAAGAUGACAAGCAACCCCAAACCACAGUAACCGUUGAAGAACUUCCCUUUGAAGAAGAAAAGCCAGAGGAAAUUCAAGAGCUUCCAGAGGAGGUUCGAGUUGUUGAAACUAUAACCGAAGACGGCAAGCCAAAGAAGAAGAAGAUCCGCACUCGCGUUAUCAAGAAGGUCAAGGGCGACAAACAAGAAGUCACGAAGAUCGAAACCGUCGAGGAAGAUGACAAGCAACCCGAAACCACAGUAACCGUUGAAGAACACCCGUUCGAAGAAGAAAAACCAGAGGAAAUUCAAGAGCUUCCAGAGGAGGUUCGAGUGGUUGAAUCUGUUUCCGAAGACGGAAAGCCAAAGAAGAAGAAGAUCCGCACUCGCGUUAUCAAGAAGGUGAAGGGCGACAAACAAGAAGUCACGAAGAUCGAAACUGUCGAGGAAGAUGACAAGCAACCCCAAACCACAGUAACCGUUGAAGAACUUCCCUUUGAAGAAGAAAAGCCAGAGGAAAUUCAAGAGCUUCCAGAGGAGGUUCGAGUGGUUGAAUCUGUUUCCGUAGAUGGCAAGCCAAAGAAGAAGAAGAUCCGCACUCGGGUUAUCAAGAAGGUCAAGGGCGACAAACAAGAAGUCACGAAGAUCGAAACAGUUGAGGAAGAUGACAAGCAACCCGAAACCACAGUAACCGUUGAAGAACUUCCCUUUGAAGAAGAAAAACCAGAGGAAAUUCAAGAGCUUCCAGAAGAGGUUCGAGUGGUUGAAACUGUUACCGAAGACGGCAAGCCAAAGAAGAAGAAGAUCCGCACUCGCGUUAUCAAGAAGGUCAAGGGCGACAAACAAGAAGUCACGAUGAUCGAAACUGUCGAGGAAGAUGACAAGCAACCCGUAACAACAGUAACCGUUGAAGAACACCCGUUCGAAGAAGAAAAACCAGAAGAAAUUCAAGAGCUUCCAGAAGAGGUUCGAGUGGUUGAAUCUGUUUCCGAAGACGGCAAGCCAAAGAAGAAGAAGAUCCGCACUCGCGUUAUCAAGAAGGUGAAGGGCGACAAACAAGAAGUCACGAAGAUCGAAACUGUCGAGGAAGAUGACAAGCAACCCCAAACCACAGUAACCGUUGAAGAACUUCCCUUUGAAGAAGAAAAGCCAGAGGAAAUUCAAGAGCUUCCAGAGGAGGUUCGAGUGGUUGAAUCUGUUUCCGUAGAUGGCAAGCCAAAGAAGAAGAAGAUCCGCACUCGGGUUAUCAAGAAGGUCAAGGGCGACAAACAAGAAGUCACGAAGAUCGAAACAGUUGAGGAAGAUGACAAGCAACCCGAAACCACAGUAACCGUUGAAGAACACCCGUUCGAAGAAGAAAAACCAGAAGAAAUUCAAGAGCUUCCAGAAGAGGUUCGAGUUGUUGAAACUAUAACCGAAGACGGCAAGCCAAAGAAGAAGAAGAUCCGCACUCGCGUUAUCAAGAAGGUCAAGGGCGACAAACAAGAAGUCACGAAGAUCGAAACUGUCGAGGAAGAUGACAAGCAACCCGUAACAACAGUAACCGUUGAAGAACACCCGUUAAAAGAAGAAAAGCCAGAGGAAAUUCAAGAGCUUCCAGAAGAGGUUCGAGUGGUUGAGACUGUUUCCGAAGACGGCAAGCCAAAGAAGAAGAAGGUCCGCACUCGCGUUAUCAAGAAGGUCAAGGGCGACAAACAAGAAGUCACGAAGAUCGAAACCGUCGAGGAAGAUGACAAGCAACCCGAAACCACAGUAACCGUUGAAGAACAUCCGUUUAAAGAAGAAAAGCCAGAGGAAAUUCAAGAGCUUCCAGAAGCGGUUCGGGUGGUUGAAACUGUUUCCGAAGAGGGCAAGCCAAAGAAGAAGAAGAUCCGCACUCGCGUUAUCAAGAAGGUCAAGGGCGACAAGCAAGAAGUCACGAAGAUCGAAACAGUUGAGGAAGAUGACAAGCAACCCGAAACCACAGUAACCGUUGAAGAACUUCCCUUUGAAGAAGAAAAGCCACAGGAAGUUCAAGAGCUUCCAGAGGAGGUGCGAGUGGUUGAAUCUGUUUCCGAAGACGGCAAGCCAAAGAAGAAGAAGGUCCGCACUCGGGUUAUCAAGAAGGUCAAGGGCGACAAACAAGAAGUCACGAAGAUCGAAACCGUCGAGGAAGACGACAAGCAACCCGAAACCACAGUAACCGUUGAAGAACUUCCGUUUGAAGAAGAAAAGCCACAGGAAGUUCAAGAGCUUCCAGAGGAGGUUCGAGUGGUUGAAACUGUUACCGAAGACGGCAAGCCAAAGAAGAAGAAGAUCCGCACUCGGGUUAUCAAGAAGGUGAAGGGCGACAAACAAGAAGUCACGAAGAUCGAAACCGUCGAGGAAGAUGACAAGCAACCCGAAACCACAGUAACCGUUGAAGAACAUCCGUUUAAAGAAGAAAAGCCAGAGGAAAUUCAAGAGCUUCCAGAGGAGGUUCGAGUGGUUGAAACUGUUUCCGAAGACGGCAGGCCAAAGAAGAAGAAGAUCCGCACUCGGGUCAUCAAGAAGGUGAAGGGCGACAAACAAGAAGUCACGAAGAUCGAAACCGUCGAGGAAGAUGACAAGCAACCCCAAACCUCAGUAACCGUUGAAGAACAUCCGUUUAAAGAAGAAAAGCCAGAGGAAAUUCAAGAGCUUCCAGAGGAGGUUCGAGUGGUUGAAACUGUUUCCGAAGACGGCAAGCCAAAGAAGAAGAAGAUCCGCACUCGGGUUAUCAAGAAGGUCAAGGGCGACAAACAAGAAGUCACGAAGAUCGAAACCGUCGAGGAAGAUGACAAGCAACCCGAAACCACAGUAACCGUCGAAGAACUUCCCUUUGAAGAAGAAAAGCCACAGGAAGUUCAAGAGCUUCCAGAGGAGGUUCGAGUGGUUGAAUCUGUUUCCGAAGACGGCAAGCCAAAGAAGAAGAAGAUCCGCAUUCGCGUUAUCAAGAAGGUCAAGGGCAACAAACAAGAAGUCACGAAGAUCGAAACCGUCGAGGAAGAUGACAAGCAACCCGAAACCACAGUAACCGUUAAAGAACAUCCGUUCGAAGAAGAAAAGCCAGAGGAAAUUCAAGAGCUUCCAGAAGAGGUUCGAGUGGUUGAAUCUGUUUCCGAAGACGGCAAGCUAAAGAAGAAGAAGAUCAGCACUCGGGUUAUCAAGAAGGUCAAGGGCGACAAACAAGAAGUCACGAAGAUCGAAACCGUCGAGGAAGAUGACAAGGAACCCGAAACGACAGUUAGCGUUGAAGAACUUCCGUUUGAAGAAGAAAAGCCAGAGGAAAUUCAAGAGCUUCCAGAGGAGGUUCGAGUUGUUGAAACUAUAACCGAAGACGGCAAGCCAAAGAAGAAGAAGAUCCGCACUCGCGUUAUCAAGAAGGUCAAGGGCGACAAACAAGAAGUCACGAAGAUCGAAACCGUCGAGGAAGAUGACAAGCAACGCGAAACGACAGUUACCGUUGAAGAACUUCCGUUUGAAGAAGAAACGCCAGAAGAAAUUCAAGAGCUUCCAGAGGAGGUUCGAGUUGUUGAAACUAUAACCGAAGACGGCAAGCCAAAGAAGAAGAAGAUCCGCACUCGGGUUAUCAAGAAGGUCAAGGGCGACAAACAGGAAGUCACGAAGAUCGAAACCAUCGAGGAAGAUGACAAGCGACCCGAAACGACAGUUACCGUUGAAGAACUUCCGUUUGAAGAAGAAAAGCCAGAGGAAAUUCAAGAGCUUCCAGAGGAGGUUCGAGUUGUUGAAACUAUAACCAAAGACGGCAAGCCAAAGAAGAAGAAGAUCCGCACUCGGGUUAUCAAGAAGGUCAAGGGCGACAAACAAGAAGUCACAAAGAUCGAAACCGUCGAGGAAGAUGACAAGCAACCCGAAACGACAGUUACCGUUGAAGAACUUCCGUUUGAAGAAGAAAAGCCAGAGGAAAUUCAAGAGCUUCCAGAGGAGGUUCGAGUUGUUGAAACUAUAACCAAAGACGGCAAGCCAAAGAAGAAGAAGAUCCGCACUCGGGUUAUCAAGAAGGUCAAGGGCGACAAACAAGAAGUCACGAAGAUCGAAACCGUCGAGGAAGAUGACAAGCAACCCGAAACCACAGUAACUGUCGAAGAACUUCCGUUUGAAGAAGUAAAACCAGAAGAAAUUCAAGAGCUUCCAGAGGAGGUUCGAGUUGUUGAAACUAUAACCGAAGACGGCAAGCCAAAGAAGAAGAAGAUCCGCACUCGGGUUAUCAAGAAGGUCAAGGGCGACAAACAAGAAGUCACGAAGAUCGAAACAGUCGAGGAAGACGACAAGCAACCCGAAACCACAGUAACUGUCGAAGAACUUCCGUUUGAAGAAGAAAAACUAGAAGAAAUUCAAGAGCUUCCAGAGGAGGUUCGAGUUGUUGAAACUAUAACCGAAGACGGCAAGCCAAAGAAAAAGAAGAUCCGCACUCGGGUUAUCAAGAAGGUCAAGGGCGACAAACAGGAAGUCACGAAGAUCGAAACCGUCGAAGAAGAUGACAAGAAACCCGAAACCACAGUAACCGUUGAAGAACUUUCGUUUGAAGAAGAAAAACCAGAAGAUAUUCAAGAGCUUCCAGAGGAGGUUCGAGUUGUUGAAACUAUAACCGAAGACGGCAAGCCAAAGAAGAAGAAGAUCCGCACUCGGGUUAUCAAGAAGGUCAAGGGCGACAAACAGGAAGUCACGAAGAUCGAAACCGUCGAAGAAGAUGACAGGCAACCCGAAACCACAGUAACCGUUGAAGAACUUCCGUUUGAAGAAGAAAAACUAGAAGAAAUUCAAGAGCUUCCAGAGGAGGUUCGAGUUGUUGAAACUAUAACCGAAGACAGCAAGCCAAAGAAGAAGAAGAUCCGCACUCGGGUUAUCAAGAAGGUCAAGGGCGACAAACAAGAAGUCACGAAGAUCGAAACCGUCGAGGAAGAUGACAAGCAACCCGAAACCACAGUAACCGUCGAAGAACUUCCGUUCGAAGAAGAAAAGCCAGAGGAAAUUCAAGAGCUUCCAGAGGAGGUUCGAGUUGUUGAAACUAUAACCGAAGACGGCAAGCCAAAGAAGAAGAAGAUCCGCACUCGGGUUAUCAAGAAGGUCAAGGGCGACAAACAAGAAGUCACGAAGAUCGAAACAGUUGAGGAAGAUGACAAGCAACCCGAAACCACAGUAACCGUUGAAGAACUUCCCUUUGAAGAAGAAAAACCAGAGGAAAUUCAAGAGCUUCCAGAAGAGGUUCGAGUUGUUGAAACUAUAACCGAAGACGGCAAGCCAAUGAAGAAGAAGGUCCGCACUCGGGUUAUCAAGAAGGUCAAGGGCGACAAACAGGAAGUCACGAAGAUCGAAACCGUCGAAGAAGAUGACAAGCAACCCGAAACGACAGUUACCGUUGAAGAACUUCCGUUUGAAGAAAGAAAUCCAGAGGAAAUUCAAGAGCUUCCAGAGGAGGUUCGAGUUGUUGAAACUAUAACCGAAGACGGCAAGCCAAAGAAGAAGAAGAUCCGCACUCGGGUUAUCAAGAAGGUGAAGGGCGACAAACAAGAAGUCACGAAGAUCGAAACCGUCGAGGAAGAUGACAAGCAACCCGAAACCACAGUAACCGUUGAAGAACUUCCGUUUGAAGACGAAAAGCCAGAGGAAAUUAAAGAGCUUCCAGAGGAGGUUCGAGUGGAUGAAACUGUUUCCGAAGACGGCAAGCCAAAGAAGAAGAAGAUCCGCACUCGGGUUAUCAAGAAGGUCAAGGGCGACAAACAAGAAGUCACAAAGAUCGAAACCGUCGAGGAAGAUGACAAGCAACCCGAAACCAUAGUAACCGUCGAAGAACUUCCGUUCGAAAAAGAAAAACCAGAGGAAAUUCAAGAGCUUCCAGAGGAGGUUCGAGUGGUUGAAACUGUAACCGAAGACGGCAGGCCAAAGAAGAAGAAGAUCCGCACUCGGGUUAUCAAGAAGGUCAAGGGCGACAAACAGGAAGUCACGAAGAUCGAAACCGUCGAAGAAGAUGACAAGCAACCCAAAACCACAGUAACCGUUGAAGAACUUCCGUUUGAAGACGAAAAGCCAGAAGAAAUUCAAGAGCUUCCAGAGGAGGUUCGAGUGGUUGAAACUAUAACCGAAGACGGCAAGCCAAAGAAGAAGAAGAUCCGCACUCAGGUUAUCAAGAAGGUCAAGGGCGACAAACAGGAAGUCACGAAGAUCGAAACCGUCGAAGAAGAUGACGAGCAACCCGAAACCACAGUAACCGUUGAAGAACUUCCGUUUGAAGACGAAAAGCCAGAAGAAAUUCAAGAGCUUCCAGAGGAGGUUCGAGUGGUUGAAACUAUAACCGAAGACGGCAAGCCAAAGAAGAAGAAGAUCCGCACUCGGGUUAUCAAGAAGGUCAAGGGCGACAAACAGGAAGUCACGAAGAUCGAAACCGUCGAAGAAGAUGACAAGCAACCCGAAACCACAGUAACCGUCGAAGAACUUCCGUUCGAAGAAAGAAAUCCAGAGGAAAUUCAAGAGCUUCCAGAGGAGGUUCGAGUUGUUGAAACUAUAACCGAAGACGGCAAGCCAAAGAAGAAGAAGAUCCGCACUCGGGUUAUCAAGAAGGUCAAGGGCGACAAACAAGAAGUCACAAAGAUCGAAACCGUCGAGGAAGAUGACAAGCAACCCGAAACCACAGUAACCGUCGAAGAACUUCCGUUCGAAGAAGAAAAGCCAGAGGAAAUUCAAGAGCUUCCAGAGGAGGUUCGAGUUGUUGAAACUAUAACCGAAGACGGCAAGCCAAAGAAGAAGAAGAUCCGCACUCGGGUUAUCAAGAAGGUCAAGGGCGACAAACAGGAAGUCACGAAGAUCGAAACCGUCGAAGAAGAUGACAAGCAACCCGAAACCAUAGUAACCGUUGAAGAACUUCCAUUUGAAGACGAAAAGCCAGAGAAAAUUCAAGAACUUCCAGAGGAGGUUCGAGUGGUUGAAUCUGUUUCCGAAGACGGCAAGCCAAAGAAGAAGAAGAUCCGCACUCGGGUUAUCAAGAAGGUCAAGGGCGACAAACAAGAAGUCACAAAGAUCGAAACCGUCGAGGAAGAUGACAAGCAACCCGAAACCAUAGUAACCGUUGAAGAACUUCCGUUUGAAGACGAAAAGCCAGAGAAAAUUCAAGAACUUCCAGAGGAGGUUCGAGUGGUUGAAUCUGUUUCCGAAGACGGCAAGCCAAAGAAGAAGAAGAUCCGCACUCGGGUUAUCAAGAAGGUCAAGGGCGACAAACAAGAAGUCACAAAGAUCGAAACCGUCGAGGAAGAUGACAAGCAACCCGAAACCACAGUAACCGUCGAAGAACUUCCGUUCGAAAAAGAAAAACCAGAGGAAAUUCAAGAGCUUCCAGAGGAGGUUCGAGUGGUUGAAACUGUAACCGAAGACGGCAGGCCAAAGAAGAAGAAGAUCCGCACUCGGGUUAUCAAGAAGGUCAAGGGCGACAAACAAGAAGUCACAAAGAUCGAAACCGUCGAGGAAGAUGACAAGCAACCCGAAACCACAGUAACCGUCGAAGAACUUCCGUUCGAAGAAAGAAAGCCAGAGGAAAUUCAAGAGCUUCCAGAGGAGGUUCGAGUUGUUGAAACUAUAACCGAAGACGGCAAGCCAAAGAAGAAGAAGAUCCGCACUCGGGUUAUCAAGAAGGUCAAGGGCGACAAACAAGAAGUCACGAAGAUCGAAACCGUCGAGGAAGAUGACAAGCAACCCGAAACCACAGUAACCGUCGAAGAACUUCCCUUUGAAGAAGAAAAGCCACAGGAAGUUCAAGAGCUUCCAGAGGAGGUUCGAGUGGUUGAAUCUGUUUCCGAAGACGGCAAGCCAAAGAAGAAGAAGAUCCGCACUCGGGUUAUCAAGAAGGUGAAGGGCGACAAACAAGAAGUCACGAAGAUCGAAACCGUCGAGGAAGAUGACAAGCAACCCGAAACCACAGUUACCGUUGAAGAACUUCCGCUUGAAGAAGAAAAGCCAGAGGAAAUUCAAGAGCUUCCAGAGGAGGUUCGAGUUGUUGAAACUAUAACCGAAGACGGCAAGCCAAAGAAGAAGAAGAUCCGCACUCGGGUUAUCAAGAAGGUCAAGGGCGACAAACAAGAAGUCACGAAGAUCGAAACCGUCGAGGAAGAUGACAAGCAACCCGAAACCACAGUUACCGUUGAAGAACUUCCGUUCGAAGAAGAAAAGCCAGAGGAAAUUGAAGAGCUUCCAGAGGAGGUUCGAGUUGUUGAAACUAUAACCGAAGACGGCAAGCCAAAGAAGAAGAAGAUCCGCACUCGGGUUAUCAAGAAGGUCAAGGGCGACAAACAAGAAGUCACGAAGAUCGAAACCGUCGAGGAAGAUGACAAGCAACCCGAAACCACAGUAACCGUCGAAGAACUUCCGUUCGAAGAAGAAAAGCCAGAGGAAAUUCAAGAGCUUCCAGAGGAGGUUCGAGUUGUUGAAACUAUAACCGAAGACGGCAAGCCAAAGAAGAAGAAGAUCCGCACUCGGGUUAUCAAGAAGGUCAAGGGCGACAAACAAGAAGUCACGAAGAUCGAAACCGUCGAGGAAGAUGACAAGCAACCCGAAACCACAGUUACCGUUGAAGAACUUCCGUUCGAAGAAGAAAAGCCAGAGGAAAUUGAAGAGCUUCCAGAGGAGGUUCGAGUGGUUGAAACUGUUACCGAAGACGGCGAGCCAAAGAAAAAGAAGAUUCGCACUCGGGUUAUCAAGAAGGUAAAGGGUGACAAGCAAGAAGUAACGAAGAUCGAAACUGUCGAGGAGGAUAAUAAGCAACCGGAAACAACGGUCACUGUCGACGAAACCGAUUUAAGUGGGAAAAUAAAACCUAAGAAGAGAGUUAUUGUUAAAAAGCCAGAAGAGGAAGUAACUGUUUUUGAAUUGCCUGAGCGGAAAUCAGUUAUACUUUCCGAAAAAGAGGAUGGAACUCCAACCAAGACGGUUAUUAAAACAAAAAUAAUCAAAAAAAUUCAAGGUCCGAACAUGGAAGUUACAAAGGUUCAAACUGUUGAGGAGUACGAAAAAGCACCACAAACUAAAGUAACAGUUGAAAAUUUUGAGCUUCCAUUCCCAGAACUUCCAGAAGAAAAAAUUUGUGAAGUAGUUAUAUUGCCUGACGAGGUGUUCGAAUCUGAAAACGUUGAUGAAAAAGGAGCUCCAAAAAGAGUUAAAACAAAGAAGCGUGUCAUUAAAAAACCUUUAAUUGGAAAUACCGAAGAAAUUACUGAAAUAGGAAUAAUUGAACAAGACAAUAAUGAGCCAAUCUAUUCAGUAUCCAUAAAAGAACAGCCCUUAACGGAUUUGAGCCCAAAUGACAUUAAAUUAAUUGAGCUACCUGAGCUCUUAACAGAGUUAGAAGUUGUUUCUGCUGAUGGUACGAAAAAGAAAAAGACAGUUAAAUCUAGAGCUUUUAAAAAGAACAUCGAUGAUGAUCUUGAUGAAGUUACAACUGUGCAUAUAAUCGAGGAGGAAGAUAAAGAGCCACUGACUACUGUUAAAAUAGAAGUUGUGCCUGCUGACGAGAUAUCUAUCACACCAAUACCGAUAGAGGAGCUACCUGAGGAAACAGUGUUCACCGAAGAAUUAGAUGAAAAUGAGAGGCCGAAGAAGAAAACUACCAAAACACGAACAUUUAAAAAGCGUGGUCCGGAGGACGACGAAUAUUUCCAAAUUCAAACGGUUGAUGAAGAGGGCAAGGAACCCGUUUCGCUCAUACGAGUUAUUAGCGAUGAAAAUAUUGCUGAUAUUAUCGAUAUUAGUAAGCUUGAAGACGAAAAAGUUUCGAAACACAAACAAAAGUCACACAAACAGAAGGUGGAAAAAUCUAAGGCCGCUAACACAGAAACGGAACACCCAGUUUACAUCACGACAUUUAAAUCUGUACAAAACGAAGAUGGAGAAACAACUAUACAAACUGAAAACAAACGAGUUUCACAGGAGGAAGGAGUCGUUGUUGAGGAAGUUAUUAGUGAUACAGAAUUCAUUCCAGAAGACACAACACAAUCACACCUUGAAAUUAUUGAAGUCAGCGAGCCAACAGACAAAUACAACAAAGAGUACACAAUCACUGAACCUGAAGAGGCAAGUGCUGAUGCCAUACAAAAACCAGCUAAUGACAAAAACCCAAGACAGAAAAAGACACUAGAAACUUCUAUUGAGGAAGUUGACGAGACUAUUAAUGAGGAAAGUACACGGGAACUGACUGACAAGACAGAUAAGAAACGAAAGACCAAAAAGGUUGACGGUAACGUCGGCGAUGUUUUGGCGGAUGAGAAAGGAGUUGAAAAGAAGGAAAAGCUAAAGAAAAAGAAAGUGGUCCAGUCAAAACGUGAUGAAAUGGAUGACUACAUCCAAUUCCUUAUACACCAAGAAAUUCCAAAGACUGUACUUCAAGGCUAUGAGCGUACGGAAAUGGAUCUUCCACAAAGGGCUCGUCGUGACUCGUCAUUCAAGCAAGCAGUUAAGCUUACACCUAUGAAAAUCGAAAAAGUUGAGUUUAAAAAGCCUAAAAUGGUGGAAAUAACUUCGGUAGUUGAGUUCCCACAAAUGCUUAAGCUUAAAGCUCCAAAGCAAAGACCUCAGGAAGAGAAAAAAAAGAAAAACGAAGCCACUUUCAAGAACAAAAAAUUGAAGAGCUGGAUUAGGUUUAUCCCAUAUGCACCAUACUGCUUCCCUUAUGUGGUGACCGAAUUGGAAACUAAUCGCGAUGUGGGGGAACUUUCACGAAAUGUUGAAGAAGCCGAAGAGGUAUUAAAAUUGCGACCAAAGAAAUUCAAGCCCUUAAAACAUGAAAAAACGAAACUGGAAGAAGUCGAUUUUGAGAUUUUUGAAUCUGAAAACUCAGAACCAUCUGAUAAGGAGCAACCGCGGCCCAAGUACAAACGUGCUAAAAAGUUAAAGGACGAAGUACCGGAUAAAAUUAGAAAUCUUAAGCUUGGAAAGGGUAAAAUUCCACAAAAUGUUGAGACUAUUGAGGAAAUUCGCUUGAAACCGGUUGAGAUAAUAAUAGAAGCGGAAAAAGUGGGCGAAAAGCCCAUAAAGAUUGUGGAAGACGAAGUAAUCAGGAAAAAGAAGCCCAAAAAGUCAGACAGGCCUGAAGAAGCACUUGAGUUUGAGCCCAUUGAAUUCAAGGAUGUUGACGGCACAUUUGAGUUCCCAGAAGAGUCUGAAACAUCUGCGACUGAGGAAAAGUUCACACAAGAGAAGCCGAAAUACAAAAGAAAAAAGAAGCCGACUCCCAAGCCAGAGAAAAAUCAGUACGAAAUAUUUCCCGGUAAACCAAAGGAACAAGACGAAUUUCCGGAAGAGGAGCUAAAAUUACGCAAGCGCCAAGGUGAAAGACCUGAUGCUGAAGAGGAAGAGGUCAAGCUUAAACCAUUCUAUAAGUUCGAAGUCCUAGAACUGGAGCCUGAAAACGUACCGUCUGAAAUGGUACCUACCACUGAAAACCUUUCAAAGGAGCCUAAGAAAAAGCGAAAGCUCAAGCUUAAGACUGAGCAAGAAGAUAACACAAUCGAAAUCGUGGAAAUAUCUCCUGAAAAUAAGGAUGACAAAAUCUUUGAAGUUACUGUCACAAGCUCUGAAAUUGUUCAAAAUGACGAAAUGCCGAAGAAAAUAUUUAAGAAGAAGGUAAAGCGAAUGAACAAACAGGAACUUGAUGAUUUCGUCACAGAGCUAAAGGAAGAACCGGAUCAGAAGUUUUACGAAACAAGCAUGCAAGACUUCUAUGAGGUAAAGUUGACCGAAUUACCGUCAGAGAUAGAAAAAGAUAAGCACAAGAAGCGCAGGAUACGGCUUGAAAAAGGAGAUGAUGUGGAAGUUUUAGAAAUUGUCGAAUCGGCUGUCGCAUCCGAUGAAGAACCCCUCUACGAAAUUUUUAUAACUCCUACAGAAACAAACGAGGAAGAAUAUGAAGCAAUGCCAGCUGAAAAGCCUAAAAAGAAAACCAAGAAAAUGAAGAAGGAUGAGCUGGAUGACUAUAUUCAGCAUCUGAUAAACGCCGAGAUCCCUGUAACAGAACUGGAAAGAUAUGAAAAAAUUAAUGUAGAUGGAAAGCCGAAAAAGAUCAAAAAGCAGAAGGUCAAGCAAGAAAAGGCAGUUAUAGAUGAAGGCGAAACUCUUCAAAUUGGAAUCACAGAGCAUGAGCCAAUCGAAAAACCAAAAUUAAUGAAACCAAAGGCAAAGAAAGCUAUUAAGGAAGCAGAAGCACUUGAAGCCGAGGCGAUUCCGGUAUACGAUGAGUUCCUCAUCAAAAAAAUUGAUUCUGAGCGUUCCUCAGAUGAAUACAUUAAGCAAACAGAUAAAAAGGCCUCUCAGGCUUUGGAUGAAAUUUUAGUAGAUUUAAGUGAGUCUUUACCUAUUGUAGUAGUGGUAGAUGAUCUUGAGUCCGCUACACUAGCUCCUGAAAUAACUUCAGCAACGGAUGAGAAAAUAAUAAGAAAACGCACCGUGAAGACUAGAAAAGGUCCAAAGCAGUACGAAAUUGAAAUAAUUGAAACCGAUGGUGAAAGGGAGAAACCAGAUGAAGCCAAGGUUAUAGUUGUAACGACAGAAAUUUCUGAAGAUACCACCGACGGACCUUCGCUGAUUAAAUCGGAAGAGCCAAAGAAAUCCGUUAAGAAGGUGAAGAAAGAUAAGCUUAAGGAAUACAUUGUCAAUGUAGUCGAGGAAGCACCAAUAGAACAUAUCGUUGAAUUCUCUGAAGAUAUAAAAACAUCUCCUACCAAAAUAAGCCCAUCAGAAGAGGAUAUUACUUCCUUUACCACUACAGUAGUUGAGGAGGAAACAGUUAAGCCUUUUGUACCCGAAGAAAUAAAGUCUGAAAAUGUGGCAAGUAUUCCGAAAGAUAAGAAGAAGAAAACAGAUCAACAGAAAAAGAUAAAAGUAUCGCAAAUUGAACCUUCUCCAAUUUCUGAAGAUUCGAUGAUUACAGAAUAUUUAACCAAGCUCUCGGAAUCUGAGGAAGUUCCGCUAACGGAUGAAUACUCCAUUGAAAUAAAAGACAGUUUGCCAAAGAUCAAAAAGAAAUCGACAAAGAAACCCAAGGAAAAGUCUCCCUCUGAUACCAUUUCCGAAUAUACAAUUCGAAUAGAGGAACUGGCUCCGGAAACUGUUACCGAAAAAAUAGUAAAUGAAGAAGGUACAGAAGUUGAAAGAAUCAUAAACAAACGAAAAAUUAAAAAAAAGGAGGGUCCAAAGGAAUAUCUUAUUGAAGUUCUCGAAACAUUUGAAGAAAAUAAGCCACAAGCAGAUAUUAUUAUUCAGACCACUGAAAUAAUGGCAUCAAUUGACUCCAAACCUCAAAAGGAUUACAAGGUGAAGAUUGUGAAGAAGAAGAAACCAAAAUCCGAAAGCUUGGACAAUUAUAUUCAAAAUCUGAUAGAGGAGGAAAUUCCCAAAUUGGAUCUUGAAGAAUAUGUAGCUGAUGUAUUAGAGACAUCUCUAGAGGAAAGAAAACCCAAGAAAAUCAAGAAACAUCACAAAAAAUCGACUCAGGUUGUCGACGGCAUACCGAUUACUGUGCACGAGGUAACCAUACAAGAGUUUGAACCCGAUCUAGAAGAUUUGAAGCCGCAAGAGGUCAUCGUGAAGGUGUUUGAUCGUGAGGAUGCAGAAGAAACUCCCAAGGAUCUAACAAUAAAAGAUUCAGAAGAAAAACCCAAACCAAAAUCGAAAAAAUUGUUGAAGCACAGGAAUGUUGAAGAGGAACUGCCGCAACCAGUUAUUGAAGACAUUUCGGAAGCUGUACAAGUUGUACAAGUAACUGAAGAAGAUGGUACAGCAAAGCAGGUCGAAAUUAAGAAGAAAAAAGUUUCUCGCAAGCAAGGGCCGAGGGAACAAAUCUUUGAAAUUACUGAGACAAAAACUAGUGAUGAACCACUGGCUGAAGUAACUAUUGUCGAGGUGACAGACGAGAAGCCCAAAGAAGAAAUUAUUCUACCUAAGGAAAAGAAGACAAUAAAGAAACUCAAAAAACUUAUACCCGAAGACGUCGAAAGCUUUGUAAUUAAUGUUUUGGAGGAGUUUAGUGAGAAUGAGGGGACCGAUGAACCAGUCAUUAAAGAUAUUGUUGAGUCCGUGGAAAUUCAAGUUACAGAAGAUGAUGGCGUUACCAAGGAGGUUGAGGUUAAGAAGAAAAAGGUUUCCUGCAAGCAAGGUCGCGAGGAAAAAAUCUUUGAAAUUACCGAGACAAAAACUAGUGAUGAACCAUUAUCUGAAGUAACUAUUGUCGAGGUUACAGAUGAUAAGCCUAAAGACGAAAUUCUUUUAGUAAAGAAGCAAAUAAAAAAACCGAAAAAACUUAGGCCUGAAGACGUCGAAAGCUAUGUUAUUGAUGUUCUUGAGGAGCUUGGUGAGCCUCAACAGUUUGAAGAGGUAGAGCAUACUGAGGACAAACCAUACGAAACUAAAUUAGAAACAAAGAAGCCAAAGAAGCCCAGCGCAGAACCACCUGAAAAGACAAUCCUUGUUGAAGAAGUAGCUCCUAAGACUGUUAUAGAGAAUGUGAUAAACGAAGAGGGCGAGGAAGUGAAGCAAGUUAAGACAACGAAGAAACUUAAGAAAAGGGAAGGCCCCAGAGAGUAUAUCAUUGAAAUAACAGAAACCUAUCAAGAGAAUAAUCCUGAGGCCGAGAUCGAAUUCACUACAACGGAGUUACCUUCAGAGUACUCACCAGAGGCCGAAAAUGAUCAACCACUCAAGAUUCUUCAUAAGGUCAAAAAGAAGAAGCCAGUUAGGGACGAUCUUGACAAAUACAUUCAACAGUUAAUCGAACAGGAAAUCACAAAAACACCUCUAGAAGAAUAUGAACCAACAGAAAUUGAUGCAAAACCCAAACAGCCCAAGAAAAAGGUAAAGACUCAUCACAAAAAGACAAUUGAAGAUGGUGAUGGAUUACAAAUUACUAUUCACGAAUUCGAUGUGAAAGAAGUCCAACCUGAACCUGAGAAUACGGAACCACAAGAAGUUGUGUUAGAGGAAGUUGGAGAAGUUACAAACCAGCCGGACGAUUCUUCAAAUUACCUUGUAAGCAUUUCCGAUGAGUUUGUUGAAGGUGAUAAGCCAAUCGAAAAAUCUUUGGAGAACGAACAGAAACCAACUAAAAAAGAAAAACCAUUAAAAAAGAAAUUGGUUGUGGAACCUCAUGCUCUGUUGCAAGAAAUGGGUACAACUGUUGAAAUUGUUGCGCAACCCACGGAAGAGGGAAUUGUAAAAAAUGUAACUGUUAAGAAACGAAAGGUAUCCCGAAGAAAGGGGUCUAAAGAGCAAAUCUUCGAAAUUACGGAAACAUCAAGUGAAGAUCAACCUACGGCUGAAGUUACAGUUAUUGAGUUGACCAGCGAGGAUGCAUUAGUUUGUGAAGAAAAGCCGAAGUCGGAAAAGAAGGUUGUCAAAAAGCCAAAACAAUUAGAGAAAGACGAUAUUGAGGAAUAUAUCAUAAAUAUUAUAGAUGAAUUCGUGCAGCCGGUUCCUGUUGACGUAGUUGAAAGUGAAGCAGAAGAAGUAAAGGAGAAAAAAAUUAAGAAACCUAAAAAAUCUCUAAAAAUAUACACAGUAACUGAAAAAGAACACACAGAUAUCCAGGUACCUGAAGCGGGAGAGGAAGAUUUUGAGCAACCGAUUGACUCCACUCCAGAGAAAUCAACAGAAUCCGUCGAAUAUACUAUCGAUAUCAAAGAUACGACUGUGGCUGAGGAAAAGAUACAACCCAAGCCCAAAAAGACAACCAAGCCCAAGACUGUUAAGCAGCCUGCAAUGGAAGAAAGCCACGACUAUACUGUAAGGGUGAAAUCUGAAGAAAACAUAAGUGAAGAGCCAAUCCCUGAACACGAAGCAGUCGUGAUUGAAAUUGAAGAAGAUAAACCAUAUGAGCAACCUGCUUUCCAGGUGGAAGAAAUUGAAACCGAGGCAGUGGAAAAGGAAGUAAUCGAUGAUAAGGGUGGAAUGGCAAAGCAAACUGUUACCCGACGAAAAAUCAAAAAACAGAUUGGCACCAAGGAAGAAAUUAUCGAAAUCGUGGAAUCCAAGACAGGAGAUACUUCAGAGUAUGAAGUCAUUGUCACGACCGAAGUGCCAGAAACAGUUGGUGAAGAAGUUCCCCAGGAGGAAAAACAAAAGAAAACUCGUAAAGCCAAAAAGGUUCCCAAGGACGAUCUUCAUGACUACAUUCAGAAGCUUAUUGAGCAGGAUAUACCAAAAACCGAACUGGAAAAGUAUGAAAAGAUCGAUAUAGAUGAGCCAAUCAAAAUGAAGAAGAAACCCAUCAAAAAGGUUAAGCAUUCUGCGGAGAAGCCGACAGAGGGCGCUGAACAGCCAGUGGAGUAUAAUCUUGUUGAGGAGAUUCCGGAUAUUCCUAAAGUUCAAAAAGACGAGACAGAGCUCACGUUUACUCUUAAGGAAUUUAUUCCAGAAAAGCCAUCAGAAACGCCAUUUGAAAUAGUUGUCCUUGAAGAAACGGUGGAGACCAAGCAAGUGCCAGAUGAUGAGGGAAUAGUAAGGGAAAAGGUGGUUAAGACUAAAAAGAUAAAGCAGAAGAAGGGACCUGAAGAAAUAGUUCACGACAUAGUCGAGGUAACUGAUAAGGAUACAAACGAAUCUGAAGUAACAGUCACAACCACCAUUCCAAAGGAGACACCCGAUCAGGAAGAACCUUCAGUAAAACAAAAACGGACAAAGAUGGUUAAGAAAGACGAAGUCGUAGACUUCAUCAUGGCAGUUAUUGAGGAUGAGGCACCAAAGACGGUUGAACCUGAGGACGUAGUUGCCAUUGUAGAUAAGACUAGUCUUAAACCAACUUCGGAAAAGACAAAGAAAAAGCCAAAGAAAGAAAAACAACCAUCCGUUGAGGAGACAGUUCCAAAAGACACUGAAGUUUUCGUUAUCGAUACAGUUCCGGAGGAUUCUACAGUUAGCGAUAAUAUUAUAACUGUGGUGGAAUCAAUUCCGCUCGUAGAAGAACCUGAACUGAAAAUAAAUCAGCAUGAGGAAAUUAAAAAACCAGAAAAGAAAAGAAAACAAAAGUCUACAAUUUCUAUUCAAGAGGACCAACCGGCAAUUGAAUCCGAAGAACAGCCAUUAGAGGUUACACCGAAGGAAUCUGACACAGAAAAACCUGAUGUCCGCGAAUUUAGUGUUUCAAUCAAAGAAGAAGAACAUACAGAGCUCAAACCUGAAGAAAAGAAGACUCCUAAAAAGGUAUCAGAAAAACCAGUCCACCCCUAUGAUGGAAAAUACGAUGUUCCAGUUCAAGAAAGUGUUUUAGAACCCGAAGAAGAAAAGCCGUUUACAAUUCAGGUAAUCGAAAGCGAAACAAAGGUCGAAGAAACUAAAGACGACUCUGGCGAAAUUCAUAAGCAAGUAACCACCAAGCGAAAGUUGAAGCGACCUGACGGUGAAGGUGAAAUAGAGAUUAUUGAAGUUGUAAAGGACGAUCAGCCUGAGGCGGAAAUAACUAUUGUUGAGUAUGAACCAGAACCUGUAAAACAAGACGAUAAGCCCAAGGAGCCUAAAAAGAAAACCAAGAAGGUUAAGAAGGAUGACCUACAUGACUACAUACAAAAGUUAAUUGAAAUGGAAACGCCCAGGACUGAGCUUGAAAAGUAUGAGAAAAUAGAAUUUGAGCCGACUGUCAAGGACAAACCAGUAGAUAACAUGAUUGAUAAAGUGGAAGAAACACCUUCUGAAAAGCCGAAAAAAGAAAAGAAGCCAAAAUCUAAAACACUUCCAAACGAUGAAAGUCAUCUUGCAGAUCAGUUGGUAGAAGUUAAAGUGAUAGAAGAGGAAGCUCCUGAACAACCCCAAUUACCUGUAGAAGUUGUAGAAGUUCAACCUGUUGAAGUACAUGUCGAAGAGGUUGUUACUGAAGGGGGCAAGUCUGUCCAGGAAAAAACUACCAAACGAGUUUUAAAGAAGAAAGGACCUCAAGAAGAAACCACUUUCAAGAUUACAACAAUUGAGAGCGAGGAUAACGAUUCAGUGACGGUUAUCGUUGAUGAGGAACCAGAAGUAGCUCCCGUACAGUCCAUCGAAAAACAACCUGAGCGGGCUGAAGAGAAACCGAAGACAAAGCCCAAGAAAACCGUAAAGAAAAUUAGGAAGGACGACUUAGCCGACUAUGUAAAGAAACUAAUUGAAGAGGAAAUUCCCAAGGUAGAGCUUGAAAAGUAUGAAAAGGUAGAAAUGCCAGAGAAAUCUGGUCAAGCAGCUCCUUCUGAAAAUAUUUUGGAAGAGAAAAAAUCUGAGACAACCGAGCCAACAGCAAUAGCCACCGACUCAGCCAAACCCAAGAAAUCUAAGACUCCUAAGCCUAAGGCAGACGAAACAGAACCUGACUUACCGACAGACAUCACUGACACUGCAGAAAUCACACCAACCCAAUUUGCACAUCCCGAGGACACAGCCACUGCACAAAUUACACCAAGCGCACAAGAAGAGAAACCUAUUCAAGAUGACACUAAAGAUACAAUUCAGAAAACAGUUAAACAUAAGAAAACAAAACCAGACACACAAAAAUGCGUUGAAACAAGUGAACUUCCAGAGGUUCAAAAAGACUAUGAAAUAAACAUCAUUCAUGAAGAGCCCGUCGAGGAAGAUCAACCCCAAAAGAUUCUAGAGGUUCGAGUUAUUGAUGAAAUCGCCGAGGUGGAAGAAUCACAGCCCAUUGUGGAAGAGAUUGAAGAGGAAGAAGAACAGCCCGUUACGGAAGAAACUGUUGAGGACGUCACCAAGCCCAAGACUAGAAAGAAGAAGAUUGUCAAAAAGAAGACGGAUGACCAUGACGAACUCAUCAGAAAGAUGUUGGAGCAGGAAAUCGAAAAGACGGAAUUGGAGAAAUACGAGAAAAUCGAACUCGAUGUUCCCAAGAAACUGAAACCAGAAUUCGCUUCUCUUGAGCCAAUAAAAAUCGAGCGCAAGGAACAGAAGCCGACAAAAGUAACCAUUGUCGAGGCUACUGAUGUUCCCAAAACCGUUAAGCUUAAGCCCGGUAAACGUAAGGAGAAACCUGCCGAGGAGCAGACUGUACAACUGCCCAAAUUCAGACUCAAGGCCCGCAUGGUGAUGGUUGAAUACCCUCCGGCUCCGCUAAUUCCGAAAAUAACUGAUAUUGGGGCCAUUAAGGACAACGGUGAACUAUCUCGUAAUAUUGAAGAGGCUCAAGAAGUUCUAAAGUUCAAACCGCAAAAGACAAAGAAAAUGAAGAAGAUCAAGGAUGAUUUAGAAAAGGUGGAACUUGAAAAGUACGAAAAAUACGUCAGUAGUGAAGAAGAAUCGGAGGAAAAGGAGCCUUAUAAGAAACCUGAAAAGGCACCAAAACCAGAGGAAAAACAGGAAGAAGUGAAGCUCAAACUGGGCAAGGGUAAGAAGAAACCAAUCGAGGAAGACGAGCCAGAAAAUGUUACUCUUAAAAAGAUUCCGCAAAAGCCACAAGAAGCCGAGGAAGAAGUUGCUCUCAAACCCAAACCAAAGGAGGUGUUUGUUAUUGAAGAACUACCAAAGGAACCCAAGGAAGGAGCGUUUGUUGUAGAGCCAUUUAAACCAACUGAAUCCGAUCGUCCUGAAUAUGUUCCCGAGGAGCUAGAGCCAAUCGAUCAUCCAGAGAAGCCCGAUAAACCCAAGAAGCCGACGAAGACCAAAUACAAGCCCAAAGAUAAGUCGAAGCCCGAACCGGAAACGAUCAUCUCGGAGAUCGUUCCCGCUGUACCAAAAGAAAAAGCGGAAAUUCCCGAAGAGGAAGUAAAGUUCCGUAAGCCCCAGAGAGACGCUUCAGAAGAGACUGACUUAGAAAUAAAGUUACGUCCCGUCCCUCAGACUCCUAAGACUGAGGAACCUGUCGAGCAAGCCCUGGUCAAGACCAUAGAAGAGAAACCAAAGCCUGAGAACAUUCUAGAUAAAUCCGUUGAUGAGGAAAAGAAGCCAAAGAAAUCGAAGCCGAAAAAGGUGCAAUCAAAGGAGGAAGAAGUUUCUGAACAGAAGCCAGAAGAGUUUGAGGUUUCGGUGAAAGAAGAAAAAGCUCCAGUGGAGGAACUCGUGAAAACCGAAAAGCCGGAAGAAGUGAAGGUAAAAGAGAAAAAGCCCAAGAAAGCACCUGUUUCGGAAGUUGUCGUCUCUGAAGAAGUGCCGGAACCCAAAGAAUUGCCCGAAGACAUUCCAGUGGAGUACAAGAUAACAACUACAGUACUAGAACCAGAGGAGGCACCAAAGGAACAUCAAGUCCGAGUAAUUGAUUUCGAUGAGCGUCAAGAAACUACCGAAGAAGUUAUUGAAGAAAAGGUAGUGACGCGCAAGAAGAAACCUAAGCCACAGCAGCCGGAAGAGUUUGAAGUCACUCUGCAGGAGCCAAAGAAAGAAGAAAUAGAACCCGAGGAAGUAUCCGCUGAAAUCUCGCUGCCAGUUGAGCAACCCGAACAGAAGCCAGAAGAGUUUAAGGUUGAACUUAAAUUGACUGAGCCUACUCCAGAAGUGCCGGUUGAACAGCAAGUAACAGUCAAAGAAAAGAGCAAGAAAAAACCUGUUAAAGAAGUUAAGGAAGAUAAGAUUGUAGUGGUAGAGGAAGAAGAAAAUGGGCAACCAGUCGAGGAGGCAGCUGUGGAGCUUAAAGAGCAGGAAGAAAAGAAGAAAACGAAGAGACCGAAAUCCUAUGAGUUCAAGAUCUCUGAAACCGAAGCUGUUGAAGAGAAGCCAGCCGAAAUUAUAGAGGAAAUCCAAGAAGAAAUACCGGAGGCUGUAGAGGAAAAGGUUGUCGAGAAGUUUGAUUCUUAUGAAAUCACUCUUACAGAAACUGAACCAGAAAAGGUGGUUAGAGUCGAAGAACAGCCCGAGGAAGAAACUCCUGAAGAGGUUGUUUUCAAGAAAAAACCCAAGCAGGCUGAGCCAGUUGAGGCCGAGAUUGUAAUAACAGAACCAAAGGUGAUAGAAGAAACGACUGUGGAAACUGCAAUCAAACAGAAGAAGACCAAAAAGCCGAAGAAAACCGAAGAAGAAGCUCAGUUAGAAAUUAAGGUUGUUGAGAGCGAAGCACCUGUUCCUGGAGAAGUGUUGAUAGAAGCUCCUAAGAGUGAUAUUGUAGAGAAAGAAGAUGUUCUUGUCGAAGAAAAGCCAGAGGAAUUCAAAAUUCGUGUGUCAGAAACUGAAGCCAAGCCCGAAGAAUUAAGUGAGGCACAGUUUACUGUUAAGAAACGCAAGCCUUCUGUUACUUUCGCAGACGAGCCCGCAACUGAAAUUAUUCUUAAGGAAAGCAAACCCAUUGAAGAAGUUACUGAGGAAGCUCAAAUCAAGACCAAGAAGCCAAAGAAGAAGGUCAAGGAGGUGGAAGCUGAGGAAUUAAAGAUUCAAAUCACCGAAGAAAUUCCGCAGGAAGUACCCAUAAUUGAGGAAGUCGAGGAGGAAGAGGUAAUCCCGGAAGUCAAGAAAGAAGUACCGGUGGUUGAAGAGAAGACAUACACAAUUGGCAUCAAGGAAACGGAACCAGAGAAACCUGCCGAAGAGAUUGUUGAAGAAGAGCCGUUGCUAUCUGAGCCAAUUGUAGAAGAGCCGCAACCAGAAAUCUUCGAAGAACAUAAGGUAAGGGUUAUUGAGGAAACUCCUCGUGAACUGGUUGAGGAAGUCAUCAAAGAGGAGGUCAAGGUUAUUCGCAAGAAGAAGCCAAAGCCAGAAAUUAAGGAGGAACCCGAGGCGGAAGUUACUGUCUCUGCUCCGAAGCCUACUGAUGAAGUGGAAGCUACGACCAGUAUUGCUGUUGUUCCAGAACAACCGGCGGAGGAAAAGGCCGCUGAUCUCAAGAUAACAAUCACUGAAGAAGUGGCACCACCACAAGAACUUGUCCAAGAGAUUGAAGAAAUUGAAAUUGUCGAGAAACCAACGGCCCCAGAAGAAAAACCUGAGGACUUCAGUUUUGCCAUUAAAGAGACAGAAAAGGAACCCACAGUAGAAGACCUGCCGGAGGAAAAGGUUACGAUCCAAAAGAAAAAAAAGAAGGCACCAAUAGCCGAGGUGCUCGAAGAGCCUGAAGCUGAGUUCUUAGUUAAGCCUAGGCAGCCAGUUGAAGAAGUUACCGGAGAAGCCAAGAUCAAGAAGAAGUCUAUAAAGCCUGUAAAAGAGGAAGAGGCAGCUGCAGAACUUAAGGUAACUAUCAGCGAGGAAGUUCCCGCAGAGGUAGAAGUUCAAGAAAUCACUGAGGAAAUUAAAGAAGUCGCUCAAGAAAUUCCCACUCAGUAUAAGAUUGACGUUAGGGAAACUCAACCGGAAGUUCCAGAGGAAGAAGAAGUCACCCUACCGAAAAAGAAACCGAAGGCUGCUCCGGUUGUUGAAGAACCCGAAGCAGAAGUUAAUCUGAAACCAAAGCCAAAGACCGAAGUAGUUCAGGAAGAAGCUAAGAUAGUUAAGAAGAAGCCAAAGAAGCCUGUUGAGGAUGUAGCAGCCGAGGAGCUUACGGUCAAGGUUGAGGAAGAAGUUAUUCCUGAGCCAAUCGUGGAAGAAGAGGUGAUCGAAGAAGUCCAGAUCAAGAAGAAGACAGAAAAGGCUGAGCCUGAGGACAUUGUCGAUGCAGCGGUUGUGAAACUAAGAAAACCAGAGACAGCGGAAGCAGAAGAAGUGGUGGCUGAAGUCACCCUGAAGCCCAAGGCCCCGAAGGAGGUUACCGAAGAGGAAUUCUCUGUAGAUGUUAAGCUGCCGAAGGAGAAGAAGGUUACUGAGGAAACUUUUGAUCAGACUUUACAGCUCAAGAAGAAGAAGAAGCCUCAGAAACCAGUAGAAGAGGCUGCGGAUGAGCUAAAACUUCAGCAAACUGUGAUCGAAGAAAGGCCCGUGGAAAUUGAAGAAGAAGAGAUCGUUGAAGAAGCUGUUGUCAUUCGCAAGAAACCAAAGAAGUUGUUCGAACCAACGGUUGAAGAUCUCGAAGAAACUGAGUUUAGUCUGUCCUUCAAAAAGCCCCACACUAUUAACGAGAGCGUGGAGGAGGCUGCCACGGUGCUGAAAAAACGACCAGUCAAGCCCACCACUCUGGAUGAAGCUGCGGCUGAGCUUUCCAUUAAGCGUCAAGAAGAAGAAUACGAAGAGGGCGAGGAUGUCGAAGAGUUCGUUGUCAGUCAGCGAAGAAAGCCAAAGCCUCUGCAAAUCACAGAAGAAGACGAGGAAGCCUACACGGUGAAGAAACUUAAGCGACGCAAGCCAGUAGACAUUCCCGAGUACGCUGAUGUUGAAAACGUCACAUUCCGUGCCAGGAGUACCAAGACUAAGGAAGAUGUCGAUCAGGAAUUCAACAUUGCCCUGGACUCGUAUGCCGAGGAGGAGAUUUCCAUGUCUGGAAAGGUUAAGCUGAAGAAGCCAAUAAAGAAGACCUUCUCUGAAGCAGCCGACGAAGCCAAGAUCAGGAUCAUUCAGGACUACGAUGAUGGUGAGGGGCCUAUUAUCGAAGAAAUUCGAGACGAUGAGGAUACUAUCGAUGAAGUCGAGGAACCAGAAGAAUACUUUGUUGAGGAAUUGCCACCAGACGAAGUGGACUUCAAGCUGAAGCCGAAGAAGCAGCCCAAGCCAGCCUAUUCCGUUCAAGACGAGGAGGAAGAACAAUUCCUAAUUGGCAUUCGCCAUCCGAAACGUGAUUCUGUGACGUACGAUGAGGACUCUCUAACCUUUAAGAAGAAACGUAAAGUUGUUCAACAACUUUUCAAUGAAGAUGGAGCUUCGCUUAACAUAACCAGGGAAAUGAAUAUUGAAGAAUCAGACAACCAAAAUGUUAUGUAUUCCAUCUGCAAUUAUAUUGCCGACAACGAUGAGGCCAUCAACCUAGUCGAGGGCGAGAAGGUAACAGUCGUUGGACGUCACAGCUCUGAGUGGUGGUAUGUAAAGAAGAGCACUACGGAAGAGGAAGGCUGGGUACCAGCUCAAUAUCUGAUGGAGCCCGAGGAAUACGCGCAGUAUGUGCAAAACAAAUUGCACGAGAAAAUCGAUAAGCUGCCUGUGUUCGAACGUCCUGGACCGGAAGACAAGCCCAUUGCCCCGAGAUUCAUUGAGAAACUGCAGCCGAUUCAUACACCCGAUGGCUACACUGUGCAAUUCGAGUGCAAGGUUGAGGGCAAUCCACGACCGCAGAUUGCCUGGUUCCGCGAAACUGCCAUUAUCAAACCAUCGCAGGACUUCCAAAUGUUCUAUGACGAUGACAACGUGGCUACAUUGAUUAUUCGCGAGGUGUUCCCCGAAGACGCUGGCCAGUUCACAGUUGUGGCUAAGAAUGCUGCUGGAUUUACUUCCAGCACAACGGAACUGAUUGUGGAGAGUCCACUUUCCGAUCACGGAUCCGAUGCCACAGCCCUCUCCCGUCGAAGUAUGUCACGUGAAUCGUCACUGGCUGACAUUUUGGAGGGCAUUCCGCCAACAUUUUCGAAGAAACCAAAGGCUCAAUAUGUCGACGAGAACACGAAUGUGAUCCUUGAGUGCCGACUGGUGGCAGUGCCAGAACCGGACAUUGUGUGGACUUUCAAUGGCGAGGACAUAGAUGAGGAGGAGAUCAAGAACGUUCGCAUUGUUACAGAAUCGGACAUGCACAUGUACUGCAGUGUGGUGCACAUCACCAAGGUGAAGAAGUCGCAAGAGGGAACCUAUGAGGUGAUUGCCACCAACCGCGAAGGUGAGGCACGUCUGCCCAUCACCCUGAAGGUGCGAACAGCAGAUAAGGAGGCUCCGCAAAUUUUGGAACCCUUGCGCAACAUGGUCAUACGUGAAGGCGAGAGUGUGGUACUGUCCACACAGAUUGUGGGCAACCCCCCACCAAAGGUAACCUGGUACAAGGAUGGCAAGCCCGUUAAGAAUGCAAAGUCCGAUAAGGAUUUGCAUACCCUAACACUGAUCACACCCAAAAAGUCUGAGAAGGGUGAAUACACGGUCAAGGCUGUCAAUCCUUUGGGUAGCGUGGAGACCACUGCUAAUCUUACAAUUGAAGAGCCGACAAGUGGCAAUGCUGAACCACCACUCUUCGUGGAACGCUUUGAGGAGCAGAAUGUGCCGCAAAAGGGCGAGAUUCACUUACCAGCUAAGGUUUCCGGUAAUCCUGUGCCCGAGGUCCAAUGGCUGUUCAACAACACUCCAUUGUUCCCCAGCGAGCGCAUCCAGCAGGUUUACGAUGGCGAGAACAUCGAGCUCAUCAUCAAGGAUGCCAACCCAGAAACCGAUUCGGGUGACUACAAGUGUAUUGCCAGUAAUCCCAUUGGCAAAACAUCUCAUGGUGCUCGAGUGAUUGUCGAGGUUGAUGAAGUGACCUUUACAAAGAAACUGAAGAAGACCAUCACUAUUGAGGAGGUGCAAUCUCUUACUCUGGAGUGCGAGACCUCUCACGUGGUCACCACCAAGUGGUUCUUCAACGGAAAGGAACUCAGCGGCAUGGAUCACCGUGUUGUGGUGGAAGAUGGCAAGACUCAUAAGUUGGUCAUCAGGAACACUAACCUACGCGACUCCGGAACAUAUACAUGCAAGGUCAAGAAGCAAGAAACUCAAUCUACUGUUGAGGUUCUGCAGCGUAAGCCCGACUUUAUCAAGGUGCUCGAGGACUACGAGGUAACCGAAAAGGAUACCGCCAUUUUGGAUGUGGAACUUACUACAGAGAGCACCGAAGUUACCUGGUACAAGGAUGGCGAGAAGAUCACGCCAGAGAACAAGAACGUGGAGUUUAUUAAGGAUGGCAAGGCUCGUCGCCUGGUCAUCCGCGAUACCACUAUCCACGAUGAAGGCCAGUACACUUGCAAGAUCGAGGGACAGGAGUGUAGUUGUGAGUUGGUUGUCAUCGAGCUACCGCCUGAGAUUGUCGAGCCGUUGAAGGAUGUCUCGGUGACCAAGGGUGAGAAUGCUAUAUUCGAGGUCGAGCUCAGCAAGGGCGAUGCCCUGGUUAAAUGGUUCAAGGAUGACAACGAAAUUGUGUUCAAUGAGCGCAUUCAGCUAGCUAUCGAUGGCAAGAAGCAGUCGCUGCGCAUUAUCAAGGCAAAGCCGGAAGAUGUGGGCGAAUAUUCAGUCCAGGUGGGCGACAAGACUUCGAAGGGAACGCUGACGGUGGAGGAGCCUCUGGUGGACUUUGUCGUCCGCCUGCCGGAUGUCACGCUGGCCACCAAGACUACGGAUGCCGAGUUUACGGUGCAGCUGUCACAACCCGAUGUCGAGGUGACCUGGAGCAAGAAGGGCAAGCCCAUAAAGCCCAACAAGAAGCACGAGGUCUUCGUGGAGGGCACCGUUCGGCGACUGGUCAUCCACGAUGCCAGCGACGAGGAUGCCGGCGAGAUCAGCUGCGUGGCCGAGAACGUCACCAGCAGCACUAAGCUGUGCGUCGAGGAGCUCAAACUGCCACCCGUCAUUACCUCUGACAAGGAUCAGACCAUCAAGGUUAAGGAGAACGACGAUGCCAUCUUCACUGUCAAGUACACGGGCGUACCAACGCCCGAGGCCGUUUGGGCCACGCGCAAGGUUGUCAUACCCAAGUCAAAGCGGACAAUCCCUGCCAUCGAUGAGCAGUCAGCCACGCUAACCAUCAAGAAGGUUGUCGACGAUGACGAGGGCGAGUACACCGUCAAGCUCGUCAAUCCGGUGGGCGAGGCGGAGGCCAGCCUACAUCUGGUCAUUAUGCGCAAGCCCACGGCACCUGGAACUCCCCAGCCCUUAGAGAUAAUGCACGACUCCAUUACGCUCUACUGGAAGGCGCCGGAGGACGAUGGCAAGUCGGAAAUUAUCGAGUACAUUCUUGAGUAUCACGAUGUUAAGGAAGAAAAAUGGACUGAAAUUAGAAAGAUCAAGGACACCACGUACACCAUAAGCAAGCUGAAGAUCGACACGGAGUACGUCUUCCGUUCGAUUGCUGUUAACGAGGUGGGACCAUCGCCACCCUCACCGCUGUCGCCACCCAUCCGCCUGGUGCCCAAGGUCGAGACCGAGGCGCCCAGCGUGCGGGAACCCCUGCAGGAUGUGGUCAGUGAACUGGACAAGGAGGUGACGCUAUCCUGCGUGUUCGGCGGCAUUCCAGAGCCCAAGGUGACGUGGAAGAGGAACGGCCAGGUGUUCGAGUCGAGCAGCAUUCGCUACGAGAACCGUGUGGCCAAGUACACCAUUGAAAAGACAACCAUUGAGACUGAAGCCACCUACACGUGCGUGGCGACCAAUGAGAAGGGCUCCGUGGAGACCUCGUGCCGCCUGAAACUGCAGCAGAAACCGGUCCUCGAGGUGGAGGACAAGUAUCUGACACAGAAACUGCGCACGGGCAGCACUCUCACCAUUCCAGCGACGGUCCGCGGCUAUCCACAACCUACUGUGACCUGGCACAAGGAGACGGUCGAGCAGAAGACCACCAAGUCGAUCUCCAUCGAGACCACAGAAACCACCUCUACCUACACGGUAAAGAAGGUGACUCGUGAGCAAUCCGGCAAGUACAAGGUUACGGCCACCAAUGAUUCAGGCUCCACGUACGUGGAGUGCACGGUUCAGGUGAUCGACAAGCCCAGCAGACCUCAGUCCCUGGAGAUCAAGGACAUUAAGAAGGACUCCAUCACCUUGGAAUGGACACCGCCCAUCGAUGAUGGCGGUUUGGAGAUUAACAAGUAUACCCUGGAGAAGUGCGACAUCCAGAACAAUGUGUGGAUGAAGGUCUCCGACUUUGACAAAGACAUUAAGUCGUAUGCGGUUCAAAAACUAUCCAUGAAUGCGCAAUACAUGUUCCGUGUGGUGGCCGCCAAUCCAAUUGGCGAAUCCGAGCCAACGGAAAGUGAUCCUGUGACUAUAACUAAGAAGUUCGAAAAACCAUCGCCACCACGUGGUCCAACAACUGUGUCGGGCAUGAACGACACCGUCUUCAACUUGGCUUGGGAGCCAUCGGAAACUGAUGGUGGCUCAAAGAUCAUAGAGUAUAUUGUGGAGAUAAGGGAAGAGACUGAAACCACCUACCGAAAGGUGGGCGUAACCCUAGGCACUGUCACCAAUAUCCAUGUGGAGAAGGUGGUCAGAAACAAGGGCUAUCUGUUCCGCAUCUAUGCGAGAAACGAGGUUGGCAUCAGCGAGGCGUACGAGACCACGGAGAAGAUUGUCGUGGGACGCAAAAUAACGCCGCCAUCGCCACCCCAAAACUUGAGGGCGCCGGAUGUUACCAGCCGAAGUGUCACUUUGGAUUGGGAGGUGCCAGCCCGCAAUGGUGGAUCCGAAAUCACGGGCUACUGCGUGGAGAAACGUUCCUCAACAUCUACCACCUGGACAAAGGUCAUCACACUGGAUGCUCACCAGCUGCACUACACGAUUGACAAUCUGAAGGACAAGUGCGAGUACUGGUUCCGUGUGUCUGCGGAGAAUGAGGUUGGAUUAGGUGCACCAGCCGUCACCGAGAGCAUAUCGCUCAAGACACAUGCUAGUACGUUAAAAUUGGUAGCCUCUCCAUAUAAAUCCCAUACUGAUUUCGGUUUUUCUAUAGCCGUACCCUCACCACCCACCGCCCCACUGGAGGCGCGCGUUCUCGCCGCCAAUGCCCACAUAUUCGAAUGGGGUAUACCCGAGUCAGAUGGAGGUGCGCCUCUGCUCGGCUACCACAUUGCUAUACGGGACAUGAAGAAGACCAUGUGGAUCGAGGUGGGUCGUGUGCCAGCUGGCGUGCAGAAGUUCCAGAUUAGAGAUCUGCAGGAGAACCACGAGUACAUGAUUCGCAUAUUCGCGAAGAACGAGAUUGGUCUAAGUGAACCUCUAGAAUCGGAGGAGCCCUACAAGGUCAUGACUGCUGGUCAUGAGAGCCUGCCGGACGAGCCGCGUACGGAGAUGAGUUCUUGCAACACCUCCUCGUGGCUGCGUGACCACAACAUGGACGCGGACAUCCAUUCGUAUGCCCGCGGCAGGCUGCUCCAACGCGACGAGUACUUCUUCCGGCUGUGGGCGGAAAUGCCCAAGAGCAAAAAGAAGAAGGGCUCCAAAUAGUCGGUGAACGACAACGAAAUAAGAAACACUUUAGUCGUAGGUUAAGCGUAUUUCAAUUGUAUUUUAUAUCUGACAAAGCACUGGGGCAAGCCCUUUUGAUUUUCUAGCUUUUUGUACUUUUAGACAGGAGAUGACGAUGUGUAAGGAUGGUGUGGUGUUGAUGUUGCAUCCCAUUGUCAGCGAUGCCCACGACCCCCGAUCAAAGAGUGCGAGCGAAGAAUAAACUUAAUGCUCGGGGGCGUGGGCGUGGCUCAAUGUCUCAGGAUGGCCCCCACACCAUCCAGUUAAUGGACAUAAUUUUAGAUUUUUCAUUUGCAUAGAGUUCCUUUUUUCAUUUGGUUUUAUUAUUUUACUUUUUGCCUUAUUUUUGUAAGCUGUGAUAAAUCUAUCAAAAUCGAAAGCGUCAAACGAAGCAAACAAGAAAUGAAACAGAAUAAAAAUGCCACCAGGCGGCGAUCCAUCGGCAUCGGGCAAUGGCAGCCAACGAGCCGCAGCCCUCCAACCAAUCCCAAUCCCAGCCAGCGUAACUCAAUAUCCUCUCGGGAGACAAAACAACAAAUGGUGCAAUUCGAUAUGAGUUAUUCCUGGGGAGUGUGUUGCGAGUCGCUGGCUGCCGUUGCCUUUGUCCUGAGCUCGCCCUGGUUAAAAUUUAUGGCAUAGGAAUGUGAGGGAGAAUAUACUCGUGUGUCUUUAAAGUUACCACAACUGAAUAAAAAAACAAAAUAAAAUGUAACAA